AUGGCGCUCCUUCAUUCCAUCAUCUCGACGCCAAGGCAACAUCGGCACACUGCGCUCAUUGCGGUGUCGCUGUUGGCUGUGGUUCUAGUUUUUUGGGGUGCCGGUGCACACGCCGCUGACGAUGACGCAGAUGUGAGCGCAUGCUCUGGCAGCAGCCCAUACUACACGGCCGUUGAGCACGAGAACACCCGCAGCUUUCUCGACUCUUUCAAGGAGGCUAUCCCGGCUCUGAAGUCCCUCUGGACGUGCGACAAUUUCUGCGUCCAUCCGGGUAUCCACUGCACAGCGGUGGGCCUCCACAUCACCCUGAACGCGUCGGCACUGUCGGGAAGCCUUCCUGAGCUCCCGAACAACGUCGAUGGAUUCCACGUGGUCCUGUCCGGCCUCACUUUUGUCGGCAAAGGGGAGCGUGUGAUCGGCUCCCUGCCCGUCAGCUGGAAUCUUCUCACUCGUCUCUCUUACCUCCACGUCGGCGCCACCGCCCUCUCUGGAACUCUGCCAGAAACGUGGGGAACCUCCGUCGAACGGCGUGUCAUGACAAGGCACUCAAGAGCUCCACUCGCCAGACCCUGCGGCAACUCUUGCUUUCGUUCGAUCCGUCUCGGUGGAAACCACUUGACCGGUACUCUGCCCGCCAGCUGGUCCAGCAUGAAGGAUCUGCAAGAGAUUUGGAUCAACAACAACCUCUUCACCGGCACUCUGCCCACGGAGUGGAGCAGCAUCGCCAAUCUCCGCACGUUGAACGCACGCCACAACCUCAUAACGGGGACACUGCCUCCAGAGUGGUCUUCCAUGCCCAGCAUUCGCGAGAUUGCAAUCGACCACAACAUGUUCUGCGGAUGCGUUCCAGAUACAUGGAAGCAAACUAGCGGGCUCGCAAUCGACGCCGAUACACCACUACGGGCACCUGACUGCGCCGUCUCCAACAGCUGCGAGAAGCACCCCACCAGCAGCAGCAGCUCCGCGCCGUCAGCGUCCUCGUCGUCUGCGCCGUCCAGCAGCAGCAGCUCCGCGCCGUCAGCGUCCUCGUCGUCUGCGCCGUCCAGCAGCAGCAGCUCCGCGCCAUCGGCGUCCUCGUCGUCUGCGCCGUCCAGCAGCAGCAGCUCCGCGCCGUCAGCGUCCUCGUCGUCUGCGCCGUCCAGCAGCAGCUCCGCGCCGUCGGCGUCUUCGUCGUCUGCGCCGUCCAGCAGCAGCAGCUCCGCGCCGUCGGUGUCUUCGUCGUCUGCGCCGUCCAGCAGCAGCUCCGCGCCGUCGGCGUCCUCGUCGUCUGCGCCGUCCAGCAGCAGCUCCGCGCCGUCGGCGUCCUCGUCGUCUGCGCCGUCCAGCAGCAGCAGCUCCGCGCCGUCAGCGUCCUCGUCGUCUGCGCCGUCCAGCAGCAGCAGCUCCGCGCCGUUGGCGUCCUCGUCGUCUGCGCCGUCCAGCAGCAGCAGCUCCGCGCCGUUGGCGUCCUCGUCGUCUGCGCCGUCCAGCAGCAGCAGCUCCGCGCCGUCAGCGUCCUCGUCGUCUGCGCCGUCCAGCAGCAGCAGCUCCGCGCCGUCGGCGUCCUCGUCGUCUGCGCCGUCCAGCAGCAGCAGCACCGCGCCGUCGGCGUCCUCGUCGUCUGCGCCGUCCAGCAGCAGCAGCACCGCGCCGUCGGCGUCUUCGUCGUCUGCGCCGUCCAGCAGCAGCAGCACCGCGCCGUCGGCGUCCUCGUCGUCUGCGCCGUCCAGCAGCAGCUCCGCGCCAUCGGCGUCUUCGUCGUCUGCGCCGUCCAGCAGCAGCUCCGCGCCAUCGGCGUCUUCGUCCUCUGCGCCGUCCAGCAGCAGCAGCACCGCGCCGUCGGCGUCCUCGUCGUCUGCGCCGUCCAGCAGCAGCUCCGCGCCGUCGGCGUCCUCGUCGUCUGCGCCGUCCAGCAGCAGCUCCGCGCCCUCAGCGUCCUCGUCGUCUGCGCCGUCCAGCAGCAGCUCCGCGCCGUCGGCGUCCUCGUCGUCUGCGCCGUCCAGCAGCAGCAGCUCCGCGCCGUCAGCGUCCUCGUCGUCUGCGCCGUCCAGCAGCAGCUCCGCGCCGUCGGCGUCCUCGUCGUCUGCGCCGUCCAGCAGCAGCAGCUCCGCGCCGUCAGCGUCCUCGUCGUCUGCGCCGUCCAGCAGCAGCUCCGCGCCGUCGGCGUCUUCGUCGUCUGCGCCGUCCAGCAGCAGCUCCGCGCCGUCAGCGUCCUCGUCGUCUGCGCCGUCCAGCAGCAGCAGCUCCGCGCCGUCAGCGUCCUCGUCGUCUGCGCCGUCCAGCAGCAGCUCCGCGCCGUCGGCGUCCUCGUCGUCUGCGCCGUCCAGCAGCAGCAGCUCCGCGCCGUCGGCGUCCUCGUCGUCUGCGCCGUCCAGCAGCAGCAGCUCCGCGCCAUCGGCGUCUUCGUCGUCUGCGCCGUCCAGCAGCAGCAGCUCCGCGCCGUCGGCGUCUUCGUCGUCUGCGCCGUCCAGCAGCAGCAGCUCCGCGCCGUCGGCGUCCUCGUCGUCUGCGCCGUCCAGCAGCAGCUCCGCGCCGUCGGCGUCCUCGUCGUCUGCGCCGUCCAGCAGCAGCUCCGCGCCGUCGGCGUCUUCGUCGUCUGCGCCGUCCAGCAGCAGCUCCGCGCCGUCGGCGUCUUCGUCGUCUGCGCCGUCCAGCAGCAGCUCCGCGCCGUCAGCGUCCUCGUCGUCUGCGCCGUCCAGCAGCAGCAGCUCCGCGCCGUCGGCGUCUUCGUCCUCUGCGCCGUCCAGCAGCAGCUCCGCGCCAUCGGCGUCUUCGUCCUCUGCGCCGUCCAGCAGCAGCUCCGCGCCAUCGGCGUCUUCGUCCUCUGCGCCGUCCAGCAGCAGCUCCGCGCCGUCGGCGUCUUCGUCCUCUGCGCCGUCCAGCAGCAGCUCCGCGCCGUCGGCGUCCUCGUCGUCUGCGCCGUCCAGCAGCAGCAGCUCCGCGCCGUUGGCGUCCUCGUCGUCUGCGCCGUCCAGCAGCAGCAGCUCCGCGCCGUCGGCGUCUUCGUCCUCUGCGCCGUCCAGCAGCAGCUCCGCGCCGUCAGCGUCCUCGUCGUCUGCGCCGUCCAGCAGCAGCUCCGCGCCGUCGGCGUCCUCGUCGUCUGCGCCGUCCAGCAGCAGCAGCUCCGCGCCGUUGGCGUCCUCGUCGUCUGCGCCGUCCAGCAGCAGCAGCUCCGCGCCGUCGGCGUCUUCGUCCUCUGCGCCGUCCAGCAGCAGCUCCGCGCCAUCGGCGUCUUCGUCCUCUGCGCCGUCCAGCAGCAGCUCCGCGCCAUCGGCGUCUUCGUCCUCUGCGCCGUCCAGCAGCAGCUCCGCGCCGUCGGCGUCUUCGUCCUCUGCGCCGUCCAGCAGCAGCUCCGCGCCGUCGGCGUCCUCGUCGUCUGCGCCGUCCAGCAGCAGCAGCUCCGCGCCGUUGGCGUCCUCGUCGUCUGCGCCGUCCAGCAGCAGCAGCUCCGCGCCGUCGGCGUCCUCGUCGUCUGCGCCGUCCAGCAGCAGCACCGCGCCAUCGGCGUCUUCGUCGUCUGCGCCGUCCAGCAGCAGCAGCUCCGCGCCGUCAGCGUCCUCGUCGUCUGCGCCGUCCAGCAGCAGCAGCUCCGCGCCAUCGGCGUCUUCGUCGUCUGCGCCGUCCAGCAGCAGCAGCUCCGCGCCAUCGGCGUCUUCGUCGUCUGCGCCGUCCAGCAGCAGCAGCUCCGCGCCAUCGGCGUCUUCGUCGUCUGCGCCGUCCAGCAGCAGCUCCGCGCCAUCGGCGUCCUCGUCGUCUGCGCCGUCCAGCAGCAGCAGCUCCGCGCCGUCGGCGUCCUCGUCGUCUGCGCCGUCCAGCAGCAGCACCGCGCCGUCGGCGUCUUCGUCGUAUGCGCCGUCCAGCAGCAGCUCCGCGCCAUCGGCGUCCUCGUCGUGUGCGCCGUCCAGCAGCAGCAGCACCGCGCCGUCGGCGUCCUCGUCGUUUGCGCCGUCCAGCAGCAGCACCGCGCCGUCGGCGUCUUCGUCGUCUGCGCCGUCCAGCAGCAGCUCCGCGCCAUCGGCGUCCUCGUCGUCUGCGCCGUCCAGCAGCAGCAGCACCGCGCCGUCGGCGUCCUCGUCGUCUGCGCCGUCCAGCAGCAGCUCCGCGCCGUCGGCGUCCUCGUCGUCUGCGCCGUCCAGCAGCAGCUCCGCGCCGUCAGCGUCUUCGUCGUCUGCGCCGUCCAGCAGCAGCAGCUCCGCGCCAUCGGCGUCCUCGUCGUCUGCGCCGUCCAGCAGCAGCAGCUCCGCGCCAUCGGCGUCCUCGUCGUCUGCGCCGUCCAGCAGCAGCUCCGCGCCAUCGGCGUCCUCGUCGUCUGCGCCGUCCAGCAGCAGCUCCGCGCCGUCAGCGUCUUCGUCGUCUGCGCCGUCCAGCAGCAGCAGCUCCGCGCCAUCGGCGUCUUCGUCGUCUGCGCCGUCCAGCAGCAGCAGCUCCGCGCCAUCGGCGUCCUCGUCGUCUGCGCCGUCCAGCAGCAGCAGCUCCGCGCCAUCGGCGUCUUCGUCGUCUGCGCCGUCCAGCAGCAGCUCCGCGCCAUCGGCGUCUUCGUCCUCUGCGCCGUCCAGCAGCAGCAGCUCCGCGCCAUCGGCGUCUUCGUCGUCUGCGCCGUCCAGCAGCAGCAGCACCGCGCCGUCGGCGUCCUCGUCGUCUGCGCCGUCCAGCAGCAGCAGCACCGCGCCGUCGGCGUCCUCGUCGUCUGCGCCGUCCAGCAGCAGCUCCGCGCCGUCGGCGUCCUCGUCGUCUGCGCCGUCCAGCAGCAGCAGCUCCGCGCCGUCAGCGUCCUCGUCGUCUGCGCCGUCCAGCAGCAGCUCCGCGCCGUCGGCGUCCUCGUCGUCUGCGCCGUCCAGCAGCAGCUCCGCGCCGUCGGCGUCCUCGUCGUCUGCGCCGUCCAGCAGCAGCUCCGCGCCGUCGGCGUCCUCGUCGUCUGCGCCGUCCAGCAGCAGCUCCGCGCCGUCGGCGUCCUCGUCGUCUGCGCCGUCCAGCAGCAGCAGCUCCGCGCCGUCGGCGUCCUCGUCGUCUGCGCCGUCCAGCAGCAGCUCCGCGCCGUCAGCGUCCUCGUCGUCUGCGCCGUCCAGCAGCAGCAGCUCCGCGCCGUCGGCGUCCUCGUCGUCUGCGCCGUCCAGCAGCAGCAGCUCCGCGCCAUCGGCGUCCUCGUCGUCUGCGCCGUCCAGCAGCAGCAGCUCCGCGCCGUCGGCGUCCUCGUCGUCUGCGCCGUCCAGCAGCAGCAGCUCCGCGCCGUCGGCGUCCUCGUCGUCUGCGCCGUCCAGCAGCAGCUCCGCGCCGUCGGCGUCUUCGUCCUCUGCGCCGUCCAGCAGCAGCAGCUCCGCGCCCUCGGCGUCUUCGUCCUCUGCGCCGUCCAGCAGCAGCAGCUCCGCGCCGUCGGCGUCCUCGUCGUCUGCGCCGUCCAGCAGCAGCAGCUCCGCGCCGUCGGCGUCUUCGUCGUCUGCGCCGUCCAGCAGCAGCUCCGCGCCAUCGGCGUCCUCGUCGUCUGCGCCGUCCAGCAGCAGCUCCGCGCCGUCAGCGUCCUCGUCGUCUGCGCCGUCCAGCAGCAGCAGCACCGCGCCGUUGGCGUCCUCGUCGUCUGCGCCGUCCAGCAGCAGCAGCACCGCGCCGUCGGCGUCCUCGUCGUCUGCGCCGUCCAGCAGCAGCAGCUCCGCGCCGUCGGCGUCUUCGUCGUCUGCGCCGUCCAGCAGCAGCUCCGCGCCGUCGGCGUCCUCGUCGUCUGCGCCGUCCAGCAGCAGCAGCUCCGCGCCGUCGGCGUCCUCGUCGUCUGCGCCGUCCAGCAGCAGCAGCUCCGCGCCAUCGGCGUCUUCGUCGUCUGCGCCGUCCAGCAGCAGCUCCGCGCCGUCGGCGUCCUCGUCGUCUGCGCCGUCCAGCAGCAGCUCCGCGCCGUUGGCGUCCUCGUCGUCUGCGCCGUCCAGCAGCAGCAGCACCGCGCCGUCGGCGUCCUCGUCGUCUGCGCCGUCCAGCAGCAGCAGCUCCGCGCCGUCGGCGUCUUCGUCGUCUGCGCCGUCCAGCAGCAGCUCCGCGCCGUCGGCGUCCUCGUCGUCUGCGCCGUCCAGCAGCAGCUCCGCGCCGUCAGGGUCUUCGUCGUCUGCGCCGUCCAGCAGCAGCAGCUCCGCGCCAUCGGCGUCCUCGUCGUCUGCGCCGUCCAGCAGCAGCAGCUCCGCGCCAUCGGCGUCCUCGUCGUCUGCGCCGUCCAGCAGCAGCUCCGCGCCAUCGGCGUCCUCGUCGUCUGCGCCGUCCAGCAGCAGCUCCGCGCCGUCAGCGUCUUCGUCGUCUGCGCCGUCCAGCAGCAGCAGCUCCGCGCCAUCGGCGUCUUCGUCGUCUGCGCCGUCCAGCAGCAGCAGCUCCGCGCCAUCGGCGUCCUCGUCGUCUGCGCCGUCCAGCAGCAGCAGCUCCGCGCCAUCGGCGUCUUCGUCGUCUGCGCCGUCCAGCAGCAGCUCCGCGCCAUCGGCGUCUUCGUCCUCUGCGCCGUCCAGCAGCAGCAGCUCCGCGCCAUCGGCGUCUUCGUCGUCUGCGCCGUCCAGCAGCAGCAGCACCGCGCCGUCGGCGUCCUCGUCGUCUGCGCCGUCCAGCAGCAGCAGCACCGCGCCGUCGGCGUCCUCGUCGUCUGCGCCGUCCAGCAGCAGCAGCUCCGCGCCGUCGGCGUCUUCGUCGUCUGCGCCGUCCAGCAGCAGCAGCUCCGCGCCAUCGGCGUCUUCGUCGUCUGCGCCGUCCAGCAGCAGCAGCUCCGCGCCAUCGGCGUCUUCGUCGUCUGCGCCGUCCAGCAGCAGCACCGCGCCAUCGGCGUCUUCGUCGUCUGCGCCGUCCAGCAGCAGCUCCGCGCCGUCAGCGUCCUCGUCGUCUGCGCCGUCCAGCAGCAGCAGCUCCGCGCCAUCGGCGUCUUCGUCGUCUGCGCCGUCCAGCAGCAGCAGCUCCGCGCCAUCGGCGUCUUCGUCGUCUGCGCCGUCCAGCAGCAGCUCCGCGCCGUCGGCGUCUUCGUCGUCUGCGCCGUCCAGCAGCAGCUCCGCGCCAUCGGCGUCUUCGUCCUCUGCGCCGUCCAGCAGCAGCUCCGCGCCGUCGGCGUCUUCGUCGUCUGCGCCGUCCAGCAGCAGCUCCGCGCCGUCGGCGUCCUCGUCGUCUGCGCCGUCCAGCAGCAGCAGCUCCGCGCCAUCGGGGUCUUCGUCGUCUGCGCCGUCCAGCAGCAGCUCCGCGCCAUCGGCGUCUUCGUCGUCUGCGCCGUCCAGCAGCAGCUCCGCGCCAUCGGCGUCUUCGUCCUCUGCGCCGUCCAGCAGCAGCAGCACCGCGCCGUCGGCGUCCUCGUCGUCUGCGCCGUCCAGCAGCAGCUCCGCGCCGUCGGCGUCCUCGUCGUCUGCGCCGUCCAGCAGCAGCAGCUCCGCGCCGUCAGCGUCCUCGUCGUCUGCGCCGUCCAGCAGCAGCAGCUCCGCGCCGUCGGCGUCUUCGUCGUCUGCGCCGUCCAGCAGCAGCAGCACCGCGCCGUCGGCGUCUUCGUCGUCUGCGCCGUCCAGCAGCAGCAGCACCGCGCCGUCGGCGUCUUCGUCGUCUGCGCCGUCCAGCAGCAGCAGCUCCGCGCCGUCGGCGUCUUCGUCGUCUGCGCCGUCCAGCAGCAGCUCCGCGCCGUCGGCGUCUUCGUCGUCUGCGCCGUCCAGCAGCAGCUCCGCGCCAUCGGCGUCUUCGUCCUCUGCGCCGUCCAGCAGCAGCUCCGCGCCAUCGGCGUCUUCGUCCUCUGCGCCGUCCAGCAGCAGCUCCGCGCCAUCGGCGUCCUCGUCGUCUGCGCCGUCCAGCAGCAGCUCCGCGCCAUCGGCGUCUUCGUCGUCUGCGCCGUCCAGCAGCAGCUCCGCGCCGUCAGCGUCCUCGUCGUCUGCGCCGUCCAGCAGCAGCUCCGCGCCGUCGGCGUCCUCGUCGUCUGCGCCGUCCAGCAGCAGCUCCGCGCCAUCGGCGUCCUCGUCGUCUGCGCCGUCCAGCAGCAGCAGCUCCGCGCCGUCGGCGUCCUCGUCGUCUGCGCCGUCCAGCAGCAGCAGCACCGCGCCGUCGGCGUCCUCGUCGUCUGCGCCGUCCAGCAGCAGCAGCUCCGCGCCGUUGGCGUCCUCGUCCUCUGCGCCGUCCAGCAGCAGCUCCGCGCCGUCGGCGUCUUCGUCCUCUGCGCCGUCCAGCAGCAGCUCCGCGCCGUCGGCGUCCUCGUCGUCUGCGCCGUCCAGCAGCAGCUCCGCGCCGUCGGCGUCCUCGUCGUCUGCGCCGUCCAGCAGCAGCUCCGCGCCAUCGGCGUCCUCGUCGUCUGCGCCGUCCAGCAGCAGCAGCUCCGCGCCGUCGGCGUCCUCGUCGUCUGCGCCGUCCAGCAGCAGCUCCGCGCCAUCGGCGUCCUCGUCGUCUGCGCCGUCCAGCAGCAGCAGCUCCGCGCCAUCGGCGUCUUCGUCCUCUGCGCCGUCCAGCAGCAGCAGCUCCGCGCCGUCGGCGUCUUCGUCGUCUGCGCCGUCCAGCAGCAGCUCCGCGCCGUCGGCGUCCUCGUCGUCUGCGCCGUCCAGCAGCAGCUCCGCGCCGUCAGCGUCCUCGUCGUCUGCGCCGUCCAGCAGCAGCUCCGCGCCGUCAGCGUCCUCGUCGUCUGCGCCGUCCAGCAGCAGCAGCUCCGCGCCGUCGGCGUCUUCGUCGUCUGCGCCGUCCAGCAGCAGCUCCGCGCCGUCGGCGUCCUCGUCGUCUGCGCCGUCCAGCAGCAGCUCCGCGCCGUCAGCGUCCUCGUCGUCUGCGCCGUCCAGCAGCAGCAGCUCCGCGCCAUCGGCGUCUUCGUCGUCUGCGCCGUCCAGCAGCAGCUCCGCGCCGUUAGCGUCCUCGUCGUCUGCGCCGUCCAGCAGCAGCAGCUCUGCGCCGUCGGCGUCCUCGUCGUCUGCGCCGUCCAGCAGCAGCUCCGCGCCGUCGGCGUCCUCGUCGUCUGCGCCGUCCAGCAGCAGCUCUGCGCCGUCAGCGUCUUCGUCGUCUGCGCCGUCCAGCAGCAGCUCUGCGCCAUCGGCGUCUUCGUCGUCUGCGCCGUCCAGCAGCAGCUCCGCGCCGUCAGCGUCCUCGUCGUCUGCGCCGUCCAGCAGCAGCAGCUCCGCGCCGUCGGCGUCUUCGUCGUCUGCGCCGUCCAGCAGCAGCUCCGCGCCGUCGGCGUCCUCGUCGUCUGCGCCGUCCAGCAGCAGCUCCGCGCCGUCAGCGUCCUCGUCGUCUGCGCCGUCCAGCAGCAGCUCCGCGCCGUCGGCGUCCUCGUCGUCUGCGCCGUCCAGCAGCAGCAGCUCCGCGCCGUCGGCGUCCUCGUCGUCUGCGCCGUCCAGCAGCAGCUCCGCGCCGUCGGCGUCCUCGUCGUCUGCGCCGUCCAGCAGCAGCUCCGCGCCGUCGGCGUCUUCGUCGUCUGCGCCGUCCAGCAGCAGCUCCGCGCCGUCGGCGUCCUCGUCGUCUGCGCCGUCCAGCAGCAGCUCCGCGCCGUCGGCGUCCUCGUCGUCUGCGCCGUCCAGCAGCAGCUCCGCGCCGUCAGCGUCCUCGUCGUCUGCGCCGUCCAGCAGCAGCUCCGCGCCGUCAGCGUCCUCGUCGUCUGCGCCGUCCAGCAGCAGCUCUGCGCCGUCGGCGUCCUCGUCGUCUGCGCCGUCCAGCAGCAGCUCCGCGCCGUCGGCGUCCUCGUCGUCUGCGCCGUCCAGCAGCAGCUCCGCGCCGUCGGCGUCUUCGUCGUCUGCGCCGUCCAGCAGCAGCAGCUCCGCGCCGUCGGCGUCCUCGUCGUCUGCGCCGUCCAGCAGCAGCAGCUCCGCGCCGUCAGCGUCCUCGUCGUCUGCGCCGUCCAGCAGCAGCAGCUCCGCGCCGUCGGCGUCCUCGUCCUCUGCGCCGUCCAGCAGCAGCAGCUCCGCGCCGUCAGCGUCCUCGUCGUCUGCGCCGUCCAGCAGCAGCAGCUCCGCGCCGUCGGCGUCCUCGUCGUCUGCGCCGUCCAGCAGCAGCUCCGCGCCGUCGGCGUCCUCGUCGUCUGCGCCGUCCAGCAGCAGCUCUGCGCCGUCAGCGUCUUCGUCGUCUGCGCCGUCCAGCAGCAGCAGCUCCGCGCCAUCGGCGUCUUCGUCGUCUGCGCCGUCCAGCAGCAGCAGCUCCGCGCCGUCGGCGUCCUCGUCGUCUGCGCCGUCCAGCAGCAGCAGCUCCGCGCCGUCGGCGUCCUCGUCGUCUGCGCCGUCCAGCAGCAGCAGCUCCGCGCCGUCGGCGUCCUCGUCGUCUGCGCCGUCCAGCAGCAGCAGCUCCGCGCCGUCAGCGUCCUCGUCGUCUGCGCCGUCCAGCAGCAGCUCCGCGCCGUCAGCGUCCUCGUCGUCUGCGCCGUCCAGCAGCAGCUCCGCGCCGUCGGCGUCUUCGUCGUCUGCGCCGUCCAGCAGCAGCAGCUCCGCGCCGUCGGCGUCCUCGUCGUCUGCGCCGUCCAGCAGCAGCAGCUCCGCGCCGUCAGCGUCCUCGUCGUCUGCGCCGUCCAGCAGCAGCUCCGCGCCGUCGGCGUCCUCGUCGUCUGCGCCGUCCAGCAGCAGCUCCGCGCCGUCGGCGUCCUCGUCGUCUGCGCCGUCCAGCAGCAGUAGCUCUGCGCCGUCGGCGUCUUCGUCGUCUGCGCCGUCCAGCAGCAGCUCCGCGCCGUCGGCGUCCUCGUCGUCUGCGCCGUCCAGCAGCAGUAGCUCUGCGCCGUCGGCGUCUUCGUCGUCUGCGCCGUCCAGCAGCAGCAGCUCCGCGCCGUCAGCGUCCUCGUCGUCUGCGCCGUCCAGCAGCAGCUCCGCGCCGUCAGCGUCUUCGUCGUCUGCGCCGUCCAGCAGCAGCUCCGCGCCAUCGGCGUCUUCGUCGUCUGCGCCGUCCAGCAGCAGCUCCGCGCCGUCAGCGUCCUCGUCGUCUGCGCCGUCCAGCAGCAGCAGCACCGCGCCGUUGGCGUCCUCGUCGUCUGCGCCGUCCAGCAGCAGCUCCGCGCCGUCAGCGUCCUCGUCGUCUGCGCCGUCCAGCAGCAGCAGCUCCGCGCCGUCAGCGUCCUCGUCGUCUGCGCCGUCCAGCAGCAGCAGCUCCGCGCCGUUGGCGUCUUCGUCCUCUGCGCCGUCCAGCAGCAGCAGCACCGCGCCGUCGGCGUCCUCGUCGUCUGCGCCGUCCAGCAGCAGCAGCUCCGCGCCGUCGGCGUCUUCGUCGUCUGCGCCGUCCAGCAGCAGCAGCACCGCGCCGUCGGCGUCCUCGUCGUCUGCGCCGUCCAGCAGCAGCUCCGCGCCGUCGGCGUCCUCGUCGUCUGCGCCGUCCAGCAGCAGCUCCGCGCCAUCGGCGUCUUCGUCCUCUGCGCCGUCCAGCAGCAGCUCCGCGCCGUCGGCGUCCUCGUCGUCUGCGCCGUCCAGCAGCAGCAGCUCCGCGCCAUCGGGGUCUUCGUCGUCUGCGCCGUCCAGCAGCAGCUCCGCGCCAUCGGCGUCUUCGUCGUCUGCGCCGUCCAGCAGCAGCUCCGCGCCAUCGGCGUCUUCGUCCUCUGCGCCGUCCAGCAGCAGCAGCACCGCGCCGUCGGCGUCCUCGUCGUCUGCGCCGUCCAGCAGCAGCUCCGCGCCGUCGGCGUCCUCGUCGUCUGCGCCGUCCAGCAGCAGCAGCUCCGCGCCAUCGGCGUCUUCGUCCUCUGCGCCGUCCAGCAGCAGCAGCUCCGCGCCGUCGGGGUCUUCGUCGUCUGCGCCGUCCAGCAGCAGCUCCGCGCCGUCGGCGUCCUCGUCGUCUGCGCCGUCCAGCAGCAGCAGCACCGCGCCGUCGGCGUCCUCGUCGUCUGCGCCGUCCAGCAGCAGCACCGCGCCGUCGGCGUCCUCGUCGUCUGCGCCGUCCAGCAGCAGCAGCUCCGCGCCAUCGGCGUCUUCGUCCUCUGCGCCGUCCAGCAGCAGCAGCUCCGCGCCGUCGGCGUCCUCGUCGUCUGCGCCGUCCAGCAGCAGUAGCUCUGCGCCGUCGGCGUCUUCGUCGUCUGCGCCGUCCAGCAGCAGCUCCGCGCCGUCGGCGUCCUCGUCGUCUGCGCCGUCCAGCAGCAGUAGCUCUGCGCCGUCGGCGUCUUCGUCGUCUGCGCCGUCCAGCAGCAGCAGCUCCGCGCCGUCAGCGUCCUCGUCGUCUGCGCCGUCCAGCAGCAGCUCCGCGCCGUCAGCGUCUUCGUCGUCUGCGCCGUCCAGCAGCAGCUCCGCGCCGUCGGCGUCCUCGUCGUCUGCGCCGUCCAGCAGCAGCUCCGCGCCGUCAGCGUCCUCGUCGUCUGCGCCGUCCAGCAGCAGCAGCUCCGCGCCGUCAGCGUCCUCGUCGUCUGCGCCGUCCAGCAGCAGCAGCUCCGCGCCGUCGGCGUCCUCGUCGUCUGCGCCGUCCAGCAGCAGCAGCUCUGCGCCGUCGGCGUCUUCGUCGUCUGCGCCGUCCAGCAGCAGCAGCUCCGCGCCGUCAGCGUCCUCGUCGUCUGCGCCGUCCAGCAGCAGCUCCGCGCCGUCAGCGUCUUCGUCGUCUGCGCCGUCCAGCAGCAGCAGCUCCGCGCCGUCAGCGUCCUCGUCGUCUGCGCCGUCCAGCAGCAGCUCUGCGCCGUCGGCGUCCUCGUCGUCUGCGCCGUCCAGCAGCAGCUCCGCGCCGUCAGCGUCCUCGUCGUCUGCGCCGUCCAGCAGCAGCAGCUCCGCGCCGUCAGCGUCCUCGUCGUCUGCGCCGUCCAGCAGCACCAGCUCCGCGCCGUCGGCGUCCUCGUCAUCUGCGCCGUCCAGCAGCAGCAGCUCCGCGCCGUCAGCGUCCUCGUCGUCUGCGCCGUCCAGCAGCAGCAGCUCCGCGCCGUCGGCGUCUUCGUCGUCUGCGCCGUCCAGCAGCAGCUCCGCGCCGUCAGCGUCCUCGUCGUCUGCGCCGUCCAGCAGCAGCUCCGCGCCGUCGGCGUCCUCGUCGUCUGCGCCGUCCAGCAGCAGCUCCGCGCCGUCGGCGUCCUCGUCGUCUGCGCCGUCCAGCAGCAGCAGCUCCGCGCCGUCGGCGUCCUCGUCGUCUGCGCCGUCCAGCAGCAGCUCCGCGCCGUCAGCGUCCUCGUCGUCUGCGCCGUCCAGCAGCAGCUCCGCGCCGUCAGCGUCCUCGUCGUCUGCGCCGUCCAGCAGCAGCUCCGCGCCGUCGGCGUCCUCGUCGUCUGCGCCGUCCAGCAGCAGCAGCUCCGCGCCAUCGGCGUCUUCGUCGUCUGCGCCGUCCAGCAGCAGCAGCUCCGCGCCGUCGGCGUCUUCGUCGUCUGCGCCGUCCAGCAGCAGCAGCUCCGCGCCAUCGGCGUCUUCGUCGUCUGCGCCGUCCAGCAGCAGCAGCUCCGCGCCAUCGGCGUCCUCGUCGUCUGCGCCGUCCAGCAGCAGCAGCUCCGCGCCAUCGGCGUCUUCGUCGUCUGCGCCGUCCAGCAGCAGCUCCGCGCCGUCGGCGUCUUCGUCGUCUGCGCCGUCCAGCAGCAGCUCCGCGCCGUCGGCGUCCUCGUCGUCUGCGCCGUCCAGCAGCAGCUCCGCGCCGUCGGCGUCCUCGUCAUCUGCGCCGUCCAGCAGCAGCAGCUCCGCGCCGUCAGCGUCGUCGUCGUCUGCGCCGUCCAGCAGCAGCAGCUCCGCGCCGUCGGCGUCUUCGUCGUCUGCGCCGUCCAGCAGCAGCUCCGCGCCGUCGGCGUCCUCGUCGUCUGCGCCGUCCAGCAGCAGCUCCGCGCCGUCGGCGUCCUCGUCGUCUGCGCCGUCCAGCAGCACCAGCUCCGCGCCGUCGGCGUCCUCGUCAUCUGCGCCGUCCAGCAGCAGCAGCUCCGCGCCGUCGGCGUCCUCGUCGUCUGCGCCGUCCAGCAGCAGCUCCGCGCCGUCGGCGUCCUCGUCGUCUGCGCCGUCCAGCAGCACCAGCUCCGCGCCGUCGGCGUCCUCGUCAUCUGCGCCGUCCAGCAGCAGCUCCGCGCCGUCGGCGUCCUCGUCGUCUGCGCCGUCCAGCAGCAGCAGCUCCGCGCCAUCGGCGUCUUCGUCGUCUGCGCCGUCCAGCAGCAGCUCCGCGCCGUCGGCGUCCUCGUCAUCUGCGCCGUCCAGCAGCAGCAGCUCCGCGCCGUCAGCGUCCUCGUCGUCUGCGCCGUCCAGCAGCAGCAGCUCCGCGCCGUCGGCGUCUUCGUCGUCUGCGCCGUCCAGCAGCAGCUCCGCGCCGUCGGCGUCCUCGUCGUCUGCGCCGUCCAGCAGCAGCUCCGCGCCGUCGGCGUCCUCGUCGUCUGCGCCGUCCAGCAGCACCAGCUCCGCGCCGUCGGCGUCCUCGUCAUCUGCGCCGUCCAGCAGCAGCAGCUCCGCGCCGUCGGCGUCCUCGUCGUCUGCGCCGUCCAGCAGCAGCUCCGCGCCGUCGGCGUCCUCGUCGUCUGCGCCGUCCAGCAGCAGCAGCUCCGCGCCAUCGGCGUCUUCGUCGUCUGCGCCGUCCAGCAGCAGCAGCUCCGCGCCAUCGGCGUCCUCGUCGUCUGCGCCGUCCAGCAGCAGCAGCUCCGCGCCAUCGGCGUCUUCGUCGUCUGCGCCGUCCAGCAGCAGCAGCUCCGCGCCAUCGGCGUCCUCGUCGUCUGCGCCGUCCAGCAGCAGCAGCUCCGCGCCAUCAGCGUCCUCGUCGUCUGCGCCGUCCAGCAGCAGCAGCUCCGCGCCGUCGGCGUCUUCGUCCUCUGCGCCGUCCAGCAGCAGCUCCGCGCCGUCAGCGUCCUCGUCGUCUGCGCCGUCCAGCAGCAGCUCCGCGCCAUCGGCGUCUUCGUCGUCUGCGCCGUCCAGCAGCAGCUCCGCGCCGUCGGCGUCCUCGUCGUCUGCGCCGUCCAGCAGCAGCACCGCGCCGUCGGCGUCCUCGUCGUCUGCGCCGUCCAGCAGCAGCAGCUCCGCGCCAUCGGCGUCUUCGUCCUCUGCGCCGUCCAGCAGCAGCUCCGCGCCGUCGGCGUCCUCGUCGUCUGCGCCGUCCAGCAGCAGCAGCUCCGCGCCGUUGGCGUCCUCGUCGUCUGCGCCGUCCAGCAGCAGCAGCUCCGCGCCGUCGGCGUCUUCGUCCUCUGCGCCGUCCAGCAGCAGCUCCGCGCCGUCAGCGUCCUCGUCGUCUGCGCCGUCCAGCAGCAGCACCGCGCCGUCGGGGUCUUCGUCCUCUGCGCCGUCCAGCAGCAGCUCCGCGCCGUCGGCGUCCUCGUCGUCUGCGCCGUCCAGCAGCAGCAGCUCCGCGCCGUUGGCGUCCUCGUCGUCUGCGCCGUCCAGCAGCAGCACCGCGCCGUCGGCGUCCUCGUCGUCUGCGCCGUCCAGCAGCAGCAGCUCCGCGCCAUCGGCGUCUUCGUCCUCUGCGCCGUCCAGCAGCAGCUCCGCGCCGUCGGCGUCCUCGUCGUCUGCGCCGUCCAGCAGCAGCUCCGCGCCGUCGGCGUCCUCGUCGUCUGCGCCGUCCAGCAGCAGCUCCGCGCCGUCGGCGUCCUCGUCGUCUGCGCCGUCCAGCAGCAGCUCCGCGCCGUCGGCGUCCUCGUCGUCUGCGCCGUCCAGCAGCAGCUCCGCGCCGUCGGCGUCCUCGUCGUCUGCGCCGUCCAGCAGCAGCAGCUCCGCGCCGUCAGCGUCCUCGUCGUCUGCGCCGUCCAGCAGCAGCAGCUCCGCGCCGUCGGCGUCCUCGUCGUCUGCGCCGUCCAGCAGCAGCAGCUCCGCGCCGUUGGCGUCCUCGUCGUCUGCGCCGUCCAGCAGCAGCAGCUCCGCGCCGUCGGCGUCUUCGUCGUCUGCGCCGUCCAGCAGCAGCAGCUCUGCGCCGUCGGCGUCUUCGUCGUCUGCGCCGUCCAGCAGCAGCAGCUCCGCGCCGUCGGCGUCCUCGUCGUCUGCGCCGUCCAGCAGCAGCAGCUCCGCGCCGUCAGCGUCUUCGUCGUCUGCGCCGUCCAGCAGCAGCAGCUCUGCGCCGUCGGCGUCCUCGUCGUCUGCGCCGUCCAGCAGCAGCUCCGCGCCAUCGGCGUCUUCGUCGUCUGCGCCGUCCAGCAGCAGCUCCGCGCCGUCAGCGUCCUCGUCGUCUGCGCCGUCCAGCAGCAGCAGCUCCGCGCCGUCAGCGUCCUCGUCGUCUGCGCCGUCCAGCAGCAGCAGCUCCGCGCCGUCGGCGUCCUCGUCGUCUGCGCCGUCCAGCAGCAGCUCCGCGCCGUCGGCGUCUUCGUCGUCUGCGCCGUCCAGCAGCAGCAGCUCCGCGCCGUCAGCGUCCUCGUCGUCUGCGCCGUCCAGCAGCAGCUCCGCGCCAUCGGCGUCUUCGUCGUCUGCGCCGUCCAGCAGCAGCUCCGCGCCGUCAGCGUCCUCGUCGUCUGCGCCGUCCAGCAGCAGCAGCUCCGCGCCGUCGGCGUCCUCGUCGUCUGCGCCGUCCAGCAGCAGCAGCUCCGCGCCGUCAGCGUCCUCGUCGUCUGCGCCGUCCAGCAGCAGCAGCUCCGCGCCGUCAGCGUCCUCGUCGUCUGCGCCGUCCAGCAGCAGCAGCUCCGCGCCGUCGGCGUCCUCGUCGUCUGCGCCGUCCAGCAGCAGCUCCGCGCCGUCGGCGUCUUCGUCGUCUGCGCCGUCCAGCAGCAGCAGCUCCGCGCCGUCAGCGUCCUCGUCGUCUGCGCCGUCCAGCAGCAGCUCCGCGCCGUCAGCGUCCUCGUCGUCUGCGCCGUCCAGCAGCAGCAGCUCCGCGCCGUCAGCGUCCUCGUCGUCUGCGCCGUCCAGCAGCAGCAGCUCCGCGCCGUCGGCGUCCUCGUCGUCUGCGCCGUCCAGCAGCAGCUCCGCGCCGUCGGCGUCUUCGUCGUCUGCGCCGUCCAGCAGCAGCUCCGCGCCGUCAGCGUCCUCGUCGUCUGCGCCGUCCAGCAGCAGCAGCUCCGCGCCGUCAGCGUCCUCGUCGUCUGCGCCGUCCAGCAGCAGCAGCUCCGCGCCAUCGGCGUCUUCGUCGUCUGCGCCGUCCAGCAGCAGCAGCUCCGCGCCAUCGGCGUCUUCGUCCUCUGCGCCGUCCAGCAGCAGCUCCGCGCCGUCGGCGUCCUCGUCGUCUGCGCCGUCCAGCAGCAGCAGCUCCGCGCCGUUGGCGUCCUCGUCGUCUGCGCCGUCCAGCAGCAGCAGCUCCGCGCCGUCGGCGUCUUCGUCCUCUGCGCCGUCCAGCAGCAGCAGCUCCGCGCCGUCGGCGUCUUCGUCGUCUGCGCCGUCCAGCAGCAGCAGCUCCGCGCCAUCGGCGUCUUCGUCGUCUGCGCCGUCCAGCAGCAGCAGCUCCGCGCCAUCGGCGUCUUCGUCGUCUGCGCCGUCCAGCAGCAGCAGCUCCGCGCCGUCGGCGUCCUCGUCGUCUGCGCCGUCCAGCAGCAGCAGCUCCGCGCCGUCGGCGUCUUCGUCGUCUGCGCCGUCCAGCAGCAGCUCCGCGCCGUCAGCGUCCUCGUCGUCUGCGCCGUCCAGCAGCAGCUCCGCGCCAUCGGCGUCUUCGUCCUCUGCGCCGUCCAGCAGCAGCUCCGCGCCGUCGGCGUCCUCGUCGUCUGCGCCGUCCAGCAGCAGCAGCUCCGCGCCGUUGGCGUCCUCGUCGUCUGCGCCGUCCAGCAGCAGCACCGCGCCGUCGGCGUCCUCGUCGUCUGCGCCGUCCAGCAGCAGCAGCUCCGCGCCGUCGGCGUCUUCGUCCUCUGCGCCGUCCAGCAGCAGCUCCGCGCCGUCAGCGUCCUCGUCGUCUGCGCCGUCCAGCAGCAGCUCCGCGCCAUCGGCGUCUUCGUCCUCUGCGCCGUCCAGCAGCAGCUCCGCGCCGUCGGCGUCCUCGUCGUCUGCGCCGUCCAGCAGCAGCAGCUCCGCGCCGUUGGCGUCCUCGUCGUCUGCGCCGUCCAGCAGCAGCACCGCGCCGUCGGCGUCCUCGUCGUCUGCGCCGUCCAGCAGCAGCAGCUCCGCGCCAUCGGCGUCUUCGUCCUCUGCGCCGUCCAGCAGCAGCUCCGCGCCGUCGGCGUCCUCGUCGUCUGCGCCGUCCAGCAGCAGCAGCUCCGCGCCGUUGGCGUCCUCGUCGUCUGCGCCGUCCAGCAGCAGCAGCUCCGCGCCGUCGGCGUCUUCGUCCUCUGCGCCGUCCAGCAGCAGCUCCGCGCCGUCAGCGUCCUCGUCGUCUGCGCCGUCCAGCAGCAGCUCCGCGCCAUCGGCGUCCUCGUCGUCUGCGCCGUCCAGCAGCAGCAGCUCCGCGCCGUCGGCGUCCUCGUCGUCUGCGCCGUCCAGCAGCAGCAGCUCCGCGCCAUCGGCGUCUUCGUCGUCUGCGCCGUCCAGCAGCAGCUCCGCGCCGUCAGCGUCCUCGUCGUCUGCGCCGUCCAGCAGCAGCAGCACCGCGCCGUCGGCGUCCUCGUCGUCUGCGCCGUCCAGCAGCAGCACCGCGCCGUCGGCGUCCUCGUCGUCUGCGCCGUCCAGCAGCAGCAGCUCCGCGCCAUCAGCGUCCUCGUCGUCUGCGCCGUCCAGCAGCAGCAGCUCCGCGCCAUCGGCGUCUUCGUCGUCUGCGCCGUCCAGCAGCAGCAGCUCCGCGCCGUCGGCGUCCUCGUCGUCUGCGCCGUCCAGCAGCAGCAGCUCCGCGCCGUCGGCGUCCUCGUCGUCUGCGUCGUCCAGCAGCAGCUCCGCGCCAUCGGCGUCCUCGUCGUCUGCGCCGUCCAGCAGCAGCAGCUCCGCGCCGUCGGCGUCCUCGUCGUCUGCGCCGUCCAGCAGCAGCUCCGCGCCGUCGGCGUCCUCGUCGUCUGCGCCGUCCAGCAGCAGCUCCGCGCCGUCGGCGUCUUCGUCGUCUGCGCCGUCCAGCAGCAGCUCCGCGCCGUCGGCGUCCUCGUCGUCUGCGCCGUCCAGCAGCAGCUCCGCGCCGUCAGCGUCCUCGUCGUCUGCGCCGUCCAGCAGCAGCUCCGCGCCGUCGGCGUCUUCGUCGUCUGCGCCGUCCAGCAGCAGCAGCACCGCGCCGUCGGCGUCCUCGUCGUCUGCGCCGUCCAGCAGCAGCUCCGCGCCGUCAGCGUCCUCGUCCUCUGCGCCGUCCAGCAGCAGCUCCGCGCCGUCGGCGUCCUCGUCGUCUGCGCCGUCCAGCAGCAGCAGCUCCGCGCCGUCAGCGUCCUCGUCGUCUGCGCCGUCCAGCAGCAGCAGCUCCGCGCCGUCGGCGUCCUCGUCGUCUGCGCCGUCCAGCAGCAGCUCCGCGCCGUCGGCGUCUUCGUCGUCUGCGCCGUCCAGCAGCAGCUCCGCGCCGUCGGCGUCCUCGUCGUCUGCGCCGUCCAGCAGCAGCAGCUCCGCGCCGUCGGCGUCCUCGUCGUCUGCGCCGUCCAGCAGCAGCAGCUCCGCGCCGUCGGCGUCUUCGUCGUCUGCGCCGUCCAGCAGCAGCAGCUCCGCGCCGUCGGCGUCCUCGUCGUCUGCGCCGUCCAGCAGCAGCUCCGCGCCGUCGGCGUCUUCGUCGUCUGCGCCGUCCAGCAGCAGCUCUGCGCCGUCGGCGUCUUCGUCGUCUGCGCCGUCCAGCAGCAGCUCCGCGCCGUCGGCGUCUUCGUCGUCUGCGCCGUCCAGCAGCAGCUCCGCGCCGUCGGCGUCUUCGUCGUCUGCGCCGUCCAGCAGCAGCAGCUCCGCGCCGUCGGCGUCCUCGUCGUCUGCGCCGUCCAGCAGCAGCUCCGCGCCGUCAGCGUCCUCGUCGUCUGCGCCGUCCAGCAGCAGCUCCGCGCCGUCGGCGUCUUCGUCGUCUGCGCCGUCCAGCAGCAGCUCCGCGCCGUCGGCGUCCUCGUCGUCUGCGCCGUCCAGCAGCAGCAGCUCCGCGCCGUCGGCGUCUUCGUCGUCUGCGCCGUCCAGCAGCAGCUCCGCGCCGUCGGCGUCCUCGUCGUCUGCGCCGUCCAGCAGCAGCUCCGCGCCGUCGGCGUCCUCGUCGUCUGCGCCGUCCAGCAGCAGCUCCGCGCCGUCGGCGUCCUCGUCGUCUGCGCCGUCCAGCAGCAGCAGCUCCGCGCCGUCAGCGUCCUCGUCGUCUGCGCCGUCCAGCAGCAGCAGCUCCGCGCCGUCGGCGUCCUCGUCAUCUGCGCCGUCCAGCAGCAGCAGCUCCGCGCCGUCAGCGUCCUCGUCGUCUGCGCCGUCCAGCAGCAGCUCCGCGCCGUCGGCGUCCUCGUCGUCUGCGCCGUCCAGCAGCAGCAGCUCCGCGCCGUCGGCGUCCUCGUCGUCUGCGCCGUCCAGCAGCAGCUCCGCGCCGUCGGCGUCCUCGUCGUCUGCGCCGUCCAGCAGCACCAGCUCCGCGCCGUCGGCGUCCUCGUCAUCUGCGCCGUCCAGCAGCAGCAGCUCCGCGCCGUCGGCGUCCUCGUCGUCUGCGCCGUCCAGCAGCAGCAGCUCCGCGCCAUCGGGGUCUUCGUCGUCUGCGCCGUCCAGCAGCAGCAGCUCCGCGCCGUCGGCGUCCUCGUCGUCUGCGCCGUCCAGCAGCAGCAGCUCCGCGCCGUCGGCGUCCUCGUCGUCUGCGCCGUCCAGCAGCAGCUCCGCGCCGUCGGCGUCUUCGUCGUCUGCGCCGUCCAGCAGCAGCUCCGCGCCGUCGGCGUCUUCGUCCUCUGCGCCGUCCAGCAGCAGCAGCUCCGCGCCGUCGGCGUCCUCGUCGUCUGCGCCGUCCAGCAGCAGCAGCUCCGCGCCGUCGGCGUCUUCGUCGUCUGCGCCGUCCAGCAGCAGCUCCGCGCCAUCGGCGUCUUCGUCCUCUGCGCCGUCCAGCAGCAGCAGCACCGCGCCAUCGGCGUCCUCGUCGUCUGCGCCGUCCAGCAGCAGCUCCGCGCCAUCGGCGUCUUCGUCGUCUGCGCCGUCCAGCAGCAGCUCCGCGCCGUCGGCGUCUUCGUCGUCUGCGCCGUCCAGCAGCAGCUCCGCGCCGUCGGCGUCCUCGUCGUCUGCGCCGUCCAGCAGCAGCAGCUCCGCGCCAUCGGCGUCCUCGUCCUCUGCGCCGUCCAGCAGCAGCUCCGCGCCAUCGGCGUCUUCGUCCUCUGCGCCGUCCAGCAGCAGCAGCACCGCGCCGUCGGCGUCCUCGUCGUCUGCGCCGUCCAGCAGCAGCAGCUCCGCGCCGUCGGCGUCCUCGUCGUCUGCGCCGUCCAGCAGCAGCUCCGCGCCGUCGGCGUCCUCGUCGUCUGCGCCGUCCAGCAGCAGCAGCUCCGCGCCGUCGGCGUCCUCGUCCUCUGCGCCGUCCAGCAGCAGCAGCUCCGCGCCGUCGGCGUCCUCGUCGUCUGCGCCGUCCAGCAGCAGCUCCGCGCCAUCGGCGUCUUCGUCGUCUGCGCCGUCCAGCAGCAGCAGCUCCGCGCCAUCGGCGUCUUCGUCGUCUGCGCCGUCCAGCAGCAGCAGCUCCGCGCCAUCGGCGUCUUCGUCGUCUGCGCCGUCCAGCAGCAGCUCCGCGCCGUCGGCGUCUUCGUCGUCUGCGCCGUCCAGCAGCAGCUCCGCGCCGUCGGCGUGCUCUUCGUCUGCGCCGUCCAGCAGCAGCUCUGCGCCGUCGGCGUCUUCGUCGUCUGCGCCGUCCAGCAGCAGCAGCUCCGCGCCGUCAGCGUCCUCGUCGUCUGCGCCGUCCAGCAGCAGCUCCGCGCCGUCGGCGUCCUCGUCGUCUGCGCCGUCCAGCAGCAGCUCCGCGCCGUCGGCGUCCUCGUCGUCUGCGCCGUCCAGCAGCAGCAGCUCCGCGCCGUCGGCGUCUUCGUCGUCUGCGCCGUCCAGCAGCAGCAGCUCCGCGCCGUCAGCGUCCUCGUCGUCUGCGCCGUCCAGCAGCAGCAGCUCCGCGCCGUCAGCGUCCUCGUCGUCUGCGCCGUCCAGCAGCAGCAGCUCCGCGCCGUCGGCGUCCUCGUCGUCUGCGCCGUCCAGCAGCAGCAGCUCCGCGCCGUCAGCGUCCUCGUCGUCUGCGCCGUCCAGCAGCAGUAGCUCUGCGCCGUCGGCGUCCUCGUCGUCUGCGCCGUCCAGCAGCAGCUCCGCGCCGUCGGCGUCCUCGUCGUCUGCGCCGUCCAGCAGCAGCAGCUCCGCGCCGUCAGCGUCCUCGUCGUCUGCGCCGUCCAGCAGCAGCAGCUCCGCGCCGUCAGCGUCCUCGUCGUCUGCGCCGUCCAGCAGCAGCAGCUCCGCGCCGUCGGCGUCUUCGUCGUCUGCGCCGUCCAGCAGCAGCUCCGCGCCGUCGGCGUCCUCGUCGUCUGCGCCGUCCAGCAGCAGCUCCGCGCCGUCAGCGUCGUCGUCGUCUGCGCCGUCCAGCAGCAGCAGCUCCGCGCCGUCGGCGUCCUCGUCGUCUGCGCCGUCCAGCAGCAGCUCCGCGCCGUCGGCGUCCUCGUCGUCUGCGCCGUCCAGCAGCAGCUCCGCGCCGUCGGCGUCCUCGUCGUCUGCGCCGUCCAGCAGCAGCUCCGCGCCAUCGGCGUCCUCGUCGUCUGCGCCGUCCAGCAGCAGCAGCUCCGCGCCAUCGGCGUCUUCGUCGUCUGCGCCGUCCAGCAGCAGCAGCUCCGCGCCAUCGGCGUCUUCGUCGUCUGCGCCGUCCAGCAGCAGCAGCUCCGCGCCAUCGGCGUCUUCGUCGUCUGCGCCGUCCAGCAGCAGCAGCUCCGCGCCGUCAGCGUCCUCGUCGUCUGCGCCGUCCAGCAGCAGCUCCGCGCCGUCGGCGUCCUCGUCGUCUGCGCCGUCCAGCAGCAGCUCUGCGCCGUCGGCGUCUUCGUCGUCUGCGCCGUCCAGCAGCAGCAGCUCCGCGCCGUCAGCGUCCUCGUCGUCUGCGCCGUCCAGCAGCAGCUCCGCGCCGUCGGCGUCUUCGUCCUCUGCGCCGUCCAGCAGCAGCUCCGCGCCAUCGGCGUCCUCGUCGUCUGCGCCGUCCAGCAGCAGCAGCUCCGCGCCGUCGGCGUCCUCGUCGUCUGCGCCGUCCAGCAGCAGCAGCUCCGCGCCGUCGGCGUCCUCGUCGUCUGCGCCGUCCAGCAGCAGCUCCGCGCCGUCGGCGUCUUCGUCCUCUGCGCCGUCCAGCAGCAGCUCCGCGCCGUCGGCGUCCUCGUCGUCUGCGCCGUCCAGCAGCAGCUCCGCGCCAUCGGCGUCCUCGUCGUCUGCGCCGUCCAGCAGCAGCAGCUCCGCGCCGUCGGCGUCCUCGUCGUCUGCGCCGUCCAGCAGCAGCUCCGCGCCGUCGGCGUCCUCGUCGUCUGCGCCGUCCAGCAGCAGCUCCGCGCCAUCGGCGUCCUCGUCGUCUGCGCCGUCCAGCAGCAGCAGCUCCGCGCCGUCAGCGUCCUCGUCGUCUGCGCCGUCCAGCAGCAGCAGCUCCGCGCCAUCGGGGUCUUCGUCGUCUGCGCCGUCCAGCAGCAGCAGCUCCGCGCCGUCAGCGUCCUCGUCGUCUGCGCCGUCCAGCAGCAGCAGCUCCGCGCCAUCGGCGUCCUCGUCGUCUGCGCCGUCCAGCAGCAGCUCCGCGCCAUCGGCGUCUUCGUCGUCUGCGCCGUCCAGCAGCAGCUCCGCGCCAUCGGGGUCUUCGUCGUCUGCGCCGUCCAGCAGCAGCAGCUCCGCGCCGUCGGCGUCCUCGUCGUCUGCGCCGUCCAGCAGCAGCAGCUCCGCGCCGUCGGCGUCCUCGUCGUCUGCGCCGUCCAGCAGCAGCUCCGCGCCGUCGGCGUCUUCGUCCUCUGCGCCGUCCAGCAGCAGCAGCACCGCGCCGUCGGCGUCCUCGUCGUCUGCGCCGUCCAGCAGCAGCAGCUCCGCGCCGUCGGCGUCCUCGUCGUCUGCGCCGUCCAGCAGCAGCAGCUCCGCGCCGUCGGCGUCCUCGUCGUCUGCGCCGUCCAGCAGCAGCUCCGCGCCGUCGGCGUCUUCGUCGUCUGCGCCGUCCAGCAGCAGCUCCGCGCCAUCGGCGUCCUCGUCGUCUGCGCCGUCCAGCAGCAGCAGCUCCGCGCCGUCGGCGUCCUCGUCGUCUGCGCCGUCCAGCAGCAGCAGCUCCGCGCCGUCGGCGUCCUCGUCGUCUGCGCCGUCCAGCAGCAGCAGCUCCGCGCCGUCGGCGUCCUCGUCGUCUGCGCCGUCCAGCAGCAGCAGCUCCGCGCCAUCGGCGUCCUCGUCCUCUGCGCCGUCCAGCAGCAGCACCGCGCCAUCGGCGUCUUCGUCCUCUGCGCCGUCCAGCAGCAGCUCCGCGCCGUCGGCGUCUUCGUCCUCUGCGCCGUCCAGCAGCAGCUCCGCGCCGUCGGCGUCCUCGUCGUCUGCGCCGUCCAGCAGCAGCUCCGCGCCGUCGGCGUCCUCGUCGUCUGCGCCGUCCAGCAGCAGCUCCGCGCCAUCGGCGUCCUCGUCGUCUGCGCCGUCCAGCAGCAGCAGCUCCGCGCCGUCGGCGUCCUCGUCGUCUGCGCCGUCCAGCAGCAGCUCCGCGCCAUCGGCGUCCUCGUCGUCUGCGCCGUCCAGCAGCAGCAGCUCCGCGCCGUCAGCGUCCUCGUCGUCUGCGCCGUCCAGCAGCAGCAGCACCGCGCCGUCGGCGUCUUCGUCGUCUGCGCCGUCCAGCAGCAGCAGCACCGCGCCGUCGGCGUCUUCGUCGUCUGCGCCGUCCAGCAGCAGCAGCUCCGCGCCGUCGGCGUCUUCGUCGUCUGCGCCGUCCAGCAGCAGCUCCGCGCCGUCGGCGUCUUCGUCGUCUGCGCCGUCCAGCAGCAGCUCCGCGCCAUCGGCGUCUUCGUCCUCUGCGCCGUCCAGCAGCAGCUCCGCGCCGUCAGCGUCUUCGUCGUCUGCGCCGUCCAGCAGCAGCUCCGCGCCGUUGGCGUCCUCGUCGUCUGCGCCGUCCAGCAGCAGCUCCGCGCCAUCGGCGUCUUCGUCGUCUGCGCCGUCCAGCAGCAGCAGCUCCGCGCCGUCGGCGUCUUCGUCGUCUGCGCCGUCCAGCAGCAGCUCCGCGCCGUCAGCGUCCUCGUCGUCUGCGCCGUCCAGCAGCAGCUCCGCGCCAUCGGCGUCUUCGUCGUCUGCGCCGUCCAGCAGCAGCAGCUCCGCGCCAUCAGCGUCUUCGUCGUCUGCGCCGUCCAGCAGCAGCAGCUCCGCGCCGUCAGCGUCUUCGUCGUCUGCGCCGUCCAGCAGCAGCAGCUCCGCGCCGUCAGCGUCCUCGUCGUCUGCGCCGUCCAGCAGCAGCAGCUCCGCGCCAUCGGCGUCCUCGUCGUCUGCGCCGUCCAGCAGCAGCUCCGCGCCGUCGGCGUCUUCGUCGUCUGCGCCGUCCAGCAGCAGCUCCGCGCCGUCGGCGUCCUCGUCCUCUGCGCCGUCCAGCAGCAGCUCCGCGCCAUCGGCGUCUUCGUCGUCUGCGCCGUCCAGCAGCAGCUCUGCGCCAUCGGCGUCUUCGUCGUCUGCGCCGUCCAGCAGCAGCAGCUCCGCGCCGUCGGCGUCCUCGUCGUCUGCGCCGUCCAGCAGCAGCUCCGCGCCAUCGGCGUCCUCGUCGUCUGCGCCGUCCAGCAGCAGCUCCGCGCCGUCGGCGUCCUCGUCGUCUGCGCCGUCCAGCAGCAGCAGCACCGCGCCAUCGGCGUCCUCGUCGUCUGCGCCGUCCAGCAGCAGCUCCGCGCCGUCGGCGUCCUCGUCGUCUGCGCCGUCCAGCAGCAGCUCCGCGCCAUCGGCGUCCUCGUCGUCUGCGCUGUCCAGCAGCAGCAGCACCGCGCCGUCGGGGUCUUCGUCGUCUGCGCCGUCCAGCAGCAGCUCCGCGCCGUCGGGGUCUUCGUCGUCUGCGCCGUCCAGCAGCAGCUCCGCGCCGUCGGCGUCUUCGUCGUCUGCGCCGUCCAGCAGCAGCAGCACCGCGCCGUCGGCGUCCUCGUCGUCUGCGCCGUCCAGCAGCAGCAGCUCCGCGCCGUCGGCGUCCUCGUCGUCUGCGCCGUCCAGCAGCAGCUCCGCGCCGUCGGCGUCCUCGUCGUCUGCGCCGUCCAGCAGCAGCAGCUCCGCGCCGUCGGCGUCUUCGUCGUCUGCGCCGUCCAGCAGCAGCAGCACCGCGCCGUCGGGGUCCUCGUCGUCUGCGCCGUCCAGCAGCAGCAGCUCCGCGCCGUCGGGGUCCUCGUCGUCUGCGCCGUCCAGCAGCAGCAGCUCCGCGCCGUCGGCGUCCUCGUCGUCUGCGCCGUCCAGCAGCAGCAGCUCCGCGCCGUCGGCGUCCUCGUCGUCUGCGCCGUCCAGCAGCAGCAGCUCCGCGCCAUCGGCGUCCUCGUCGUCUGCGCCGUCCAGCAGCAGCAGCUCCGCGCCGUCGGCGUCCUCGUCGUCUGCGCCGUCCAGCAGCAGCUCCGCGCCAUCGGCGUCUUCGUCGUCUGCGCCGUCCAGCAGCAGCUCCGCGCCGUCGGCGUCCUCGUCGUCUGCGCCGUCCAGCAGCAGCAGCUCCGCGCCGUCGGCGUCUUCGUCGUCUGCGCCGUCCAGCAGCAGCUCCGCGCCAUCGGCGUCUUCGUCGUCUGCGCCGUCCAGCAGCAGCAGCUCCGCGCCGUCGGCGUCCUCGUCGUCUGCGCCGUCCAGCAGCAGCAGCUCCGCGCCAUCGGCGUCCUCGUCGUCUGCGCCGUCCAGCAGCAGCAGCUCCGCGCCGUCGGCGUCUUCGUCGUCUGCGCCGUCCAGCAGCAGCUCCGCGCCGUCAGCGUCCUCGUCGUCUGCGCCGUCCAGCAGCAGCUCCGCGCCAUCGGCGUCCUCGUCCUCUGCGCCGUCCAGCAGCAGCUCCGCGCCGUCGGCGUCCUCGUCGUCUGCGCCGUCCAGCAGCAGCUCCGCGCCGUCGGCGUCCUCGUCGUCUGCGCCGUCCAGCAGCAGCAGCUCCGCGCUGUCAGCGUCCUCGUCGUCUGCGCCGUCCAGCAGCAGCUCCGCGCCAUCGGCGUCUUCGUCGUCUGCGCCGUCCAGCAGCAGCAGCUCCGCGCCGUCGGCCUCUUCGUCGUCUGCGCCGUCCAGCAGCAGCAGCUCCGCGCCAUCGGCGUCUUCGUCGUCUGCGCCGUCCAGCAGCAGCAGCUCCGCGCCGUCAGCGUCCUCGUCGUCUGCGCCGUCCAGCAGCAGCAGCUCCGCGCCACCGGCGUUCUCGUCGUCUGCGCCGUCCAGCAGCAGCUCCGCGCCGUCGGCGUCUUCGUCGUCUGCGCCGUCCAGCAGCAGCUCCGCGCCGUCGGCGUCCUCGUCGUCUGCGCCGUCCAGCAGCAGCAGCUCCGCGCCGUCGGCGUCGUCGUCGUCUGCGCCGUCCAGCAGCAGCAGCUCCGCGCCGUCGGCGUCGUCGUCGUCUGCGCCGUCCAGCAGCAGCAGCUCCGCGCCGUCGGCGUCCUCGUCGUCUGCGCCGUCCAGCAGCAGCAGCUCCGCGCCGUCGGCGUCCUCGUCGUCUGCGCCGUCCAGCAGCAGCAGCUCCGCGCCGUCGGCGUCCUCGUCGUCUGCGCCGUCCAGCAGCAGCAGCUCCGCGCCAUCGGCGUCCUCGUCGUCUGCGCCGUCCAGCAGCAGCAUCCGCGCCAUCGGCGUCCUCGUCGUCUGCGCCGUCCAGCAGCAGCAGUCCGCGCCGUCAGCGUCUUCGUCGUCUGCGCCGUCCAGCAGCAGCAGCUCCGCGCCAUCGGCGUCUUCGUCGUCUGCGCCGUCCAGCAGCAGCAGCUCCGCGCCGUCGGCGUCCUCGUCGUCUGCGCCGUCCAGCAGCAGCAGCUCCGCGCCAUCGGCGUCUUCGUCGUCUGCGCCGUCCAGCAGCAGCAGCUCCGCGCCGUCGGCGUCCUCGUCGUCUGCGCCGUCCAGCAGCAGUAGCAGCUCCGCGCCGUCGGCGUCUUCGUCGUCUGCGCCGUCCAGCAGCAGCAGCUCCGCGCCGUCGGCGUCCUCGUCGUCUGCGCCGUCCAGCAGCAGCAGCUCCGCGCCGUCGGCGUCCUCGUCGUCUGCGCCGUCCAGCAGCAGCAGCUCCGCGCCGUCGGCGUCCUCGUCCUCUGCGCCGUCCAGCAGCAGCAGCUCCGCGCCAUCGGCGUCUUCGUCCUCUGCGCCGUCCAGCAGCAGCUCCGCGCCAUCGGCGUCUUCGUCCUCUGCGCCGUCCAGCAGCAGCUCCGCGCCGUCGGCGUCCUCGUCGUCUGCGCCGUCCAGCAGCAGCAGCUCCGCGCCGUCGGCGUCUUCGUCGUCUGCGCCGUCCAGCAGCAGCUCCGCGCCAUCAGCGUCCUCGUCGUCUGCGCCGUCCAGCAGCAGCAGCUCCGCGCCGUCGGCGUCUUCGUCGUCUGCGCCGUCCAGCAGCAGCUCCGCGCCGUCAGCGUCCUCGUCGUCUGCGCCGUCCAGCAGCAGCUCCGCGCCAUCGGCGUCUUCGUCGUCUGCGCCGUCCAGCAGCAGCAGCUCCGCGCCGUCAGCGUCCUCGUCGUCUGCGCCGUCCAGCAGCAGCAGCUCCGCGCCGUCGGCGUCCUCGUCGUCUGCGCCGUCCAGCAGCAGCAGCUCCGCGCCAUCGGCGUCUUCGUCCUCUGCGCCGUCCAGCAGCAGCUCCGCGCCGUCGGCGUCUUCGUCGUCUGCGCCGUCCAGCAGCAGCAGCUCCGCGCCGUCGGCGUCUUCGUCGUCUGCGCCGUCCAGCAGCAGCAGCUCCGCGCCAUCGGCGUCCUCGUCGUCUGCGCCGUCCAGCAGCAGCAGCUCCGCGCCGUCGGCGUCCUCGUCGUCUGCGCCGUCCAGCAGCAGCAGCUCCGCGCCGUCGGCGUCCUCGUCGUCUGCGCCGUCCAGCAGCAGCAGCUCCGCGCCAUCGGCGUCUUCGUCGUCUGCGCCGUCCAGCAGCAGCUCCGCGCCGUCGGCGUCUUCGUCGUCUGCGCCGUCCAGCAGCAGCAGCUCCGCGCCGUCAGCGUCCUCGUCGUCUGCGCCGUCCAGCAGCAGCAGCUCCGCGCCAUCGGCGUCCUCGUCGUCUGCGCCGUCCAGCAGCAGCAGCUCCGCGCUGUCGGCGUCCUCGUCGUCUGCGCCGUCCAGCAGCAGCAGCUCCGCGCCGUCGGCCUCUUCGUCGUCUGCGCCGUCCAGCAGCAGCAGCUCCGCGCCGUCGGCCUCUUCGUCGUCUGCGCCGUCCAGCAGCAGCAGCUCCGCGCCGUCGGCGUCUUCGUCGUCUGCGCCGUCCAGCAGCAGCAGCUCCGCGCUGUCGGCGUCCUCGUCGUCUGCGCCGUCCAGCAGCAGCUCCGCGCCGUCGGCGUCUUCGUCGUCUGCGCCGUCCAGCAGCAGCUCCGCGCCGUCGGCCUCUUCGUCGUCUGCGCCGUCCAGCAGCAGCUCCGCGCCGUCGGCGUCUUCGUCGUCUGCGCCGUCCAGCAGCAGCAGCUCCGCGCUGUCGGCGUCCUCGUCGUCUGCGCCGUCCAGCAGCAGCAGCUCCGCGCCAUCGGCGUCCUCGUCGUCUGCGCCGUCCAGCAGCAGCAGCUCCGCGCCGUCGGCCUCUUCGUCGUCUGCGCCGUCCAGCAGCAGCAGCUCCGCGCCGUCGGCCUCUUCGUCGUCUGCGCCGUCCAGCAGCAGCAGCUCCGCGCCGUCGGCGUCUUCGUCGUCUGCGCCGUCCAGCAGCAGCAGCUCCGCGCUGUCGGCGUCCUCGUCGUCUGCGCCGUCCAGCAGCAGCUCCGCGCCGUCGGCGUCUUCGUCGUCUGCGCCGUCCAGCAGCAGCAGCACCGCGCCGUUGGCGUCUUCGUCGUCUGCGCCGUCCAGCAGCAGCAGCUCCGCGCCGUCGGCCUCUUCGUCGUCUGCGCCGUCCAGCAGCAGCAGCUCCGCGCCAUCGGCGUCCUCGUCGUCUGCGCCGUCCAGCAGCAGCAGCUCCGCGCCGUCAGCGUCCUCGUCGUCUGCGCCGUCCAGCAGCAGCUCCGCGCCGUCGGCGUCUUCGUCGUCUGCGCCGUCCAGCAGCAGCAGCUCUGCGCCGUCGGCGUCCUCGUCGUCUGCGCCGUCCAGCAACAGCAGCUCCGCGCCGUCGGCGUCCUCGUCGUCUGCGCCGUCCAGCAGCAGCUCCGCGCCGUCGGCGUCCUCGUCGUCUGCGCCGUCCAGCAGCAGCAGCUCCGCGCCAUCGGCGUCUUCGUCGUCUGCGCCGUCCAGCAGCAGCUCCGCGCCGUCAGCGUCCUCGUCGUCUGCGCCGUCCAGCAGCAGCAGCACCGCGCCGUCGGCGUCCUCGUCGUCUGCGCCGUCCAGCAGCAGCACCGCGCCGUCGGCGUCCUCGUCGUCUGCGCCGUCCAGCAGCAGCAGCUCCGCGCCAUCAGCGUCCUCGUCGUCUGCGCCGUCCAGCAGCAGCAGCUCCGCGCCAUCAGCGUCCUCGUCGUCUGCGCCGUCCAGCAGCAGCAGCUCCGCGCCGUCGGCGUCUUCGUCCUCUGCGCCGUCCAGCAGCAGCUCCGCGCCGUCAGCGUCCUCGUCGUCUGCGCCGUCCAGCAGCAGCAGCUCCGCGCCGUUGGCGUCCUCGUCGUCUGCGCCGUCCAGCAGCAGCAGCUCCGCGCCGUCGGCGUCUUCGUCCUCUGCGCCGUCCAGCAGCAGCAGCUCCGCGCCGUCGGCGUCUUCGUCGUCUGCGCCGUCCAGCAGCAGCAGCUCCGCGCCGUUGGCGUCCUCGUCGUCUGCGCCGUCCAGCAGCAGCAGCACCGCGCCGUCGGCGUCCUCGUCGUCUGCGCCGUCCAGCAGCAGCAGCUCCGCGCCGUCGGCGUCCUCGUCGUCUGCGCCGUCCAGCAGCAGCAGCUCCGCGCCGUCGGCGUCUUCGUCCUCUGCGCCGUCCAGCAGCAGCAGCUCCGCGCCGUCGGCGUCUUCGUCCUCUGCGCCGUCCAGCAGCAGCUCCGCGCCAUCGGCGUCCUCGUCGUCUGCGCCGUCCAGCAGCAGCUCCGCGCCAUCGGCGUCCUCGUCGUCUGCGCCGUCCAGCAGCAGCAGCUCCGCGCCAUCGGCGUCUUCGUCGUCUGCGCCGUCCAGCAGCAGCAGCUCCGCGCCAUCGGCGUCCUCGUCGUCUGCGCCGUCCAGCAGCAGCAGCUCCGCGCCAUCGGCGUCUUCGUCGUCUGCGCCGUCCAGCAGCAGCUCCGCGCCGUCGGCGUCUUCGUCGUCUGCGCCGUCCAGCAGCAGCUCCGCGCCGUCGGCGUCUUCGUCGUCUGCGCCGUCCAGCAGCAGCUCCGCGCCAUCGGCGUCCUCGUCGUCUGCGCCGUCCAGCAGCAGCUCCGCGCCAUCGGCGUCUUCGUCGUCUGCGCCGUCCAGCAGCAGCUCCGCGCCAUCGGCGUCUUCGUCCUCUGCGCCGUCCAGCAGCAGCAGCUCCGCGCCAUCGGCGUCUUCGUCGUCUGCGCCGUCCAGCAGCAGCUCCGCGCCAUCGGCGUCUUCGUCGUCUGCGCCGUCCAGCAGCAGCAGCUCCGCGCCAUCGGCGUCCUCGUCGUCUGCGCCGUCCAGCAGCAGCAGCUCCGCGCCGUCGGCGUCCUCGUCGUCUGCGCCGUCCAGCAGCAGCUCCGCGCCAUCGGCGUCUUCGUCCUCUGCGCCGUCCAGCAGCAGCUCCGCGCCAUCGGCGUCUUCGUCCUCUGCGCCGUCCAGCAGCAGCUCCGCGCCAUCGGCGUCUUCGUCGUCUGCGCCGUCCAGCAGCAGCUCCGCGCCAUCGGCGUCUUCGUCGUCUGCGCCGUCCAGCAGCAGCUCCGCGCCAUCGGCGUCCUCGUCGUCUGCGCCGUCCAGCAGCAGCUCCGCGCCAUCGGCGUCCUCGUCGUCUGCGCCGUCCAGCAGCAGCUCCGCGCCAUCGGCGUCCUCGUCGUCUGCGCCGUCCAGCAGCAGCAGCUCCGCGCCGUCGGCGUCCUCGUCGUCUGCGCCGUCCAGCAGCAGCAGCUCCGCGCCGUCGGCGUCCUCGUCGUCUGCGCCGUCCAGCAGCAGCAGCUCCGCGCCGUCGGCGUCUUCGUCGUCUGCGCCGUCCAGCAGCAGCAGCACCGCGCCAUCGGCGUCCUCGUCGUCUGCGCCGUCCAGCAGCAGCAGCUCCGCGCCAUCGGCGUCUUCGUCGUCUGCGCCGUCCAGCAGCAGCUCCGCGCCAUCGGCGUCCUCGUCGUCUGCGCCGUCCAGCAGCAGCUCCGCGCCAUCGGCGUCUUCGUCCUCUGCGCCGUCCAGCAGCAGCUCCGCGCCAUCGGCGUCUUCGUCCUCUGCGCCGUCCAGCAGCAGCUCCGCGCCAUCGGCGUCUUCGUCCUCUGCGCCGUCCAGCAGCAGCUCCGCGCCGUCGGCGUCCUCGUCGUCUGCGCCGUCCAGCAGCAGCACCGCGCCAUCGGCGUCUUCGUCCUCUGCGCCGUCCAGCAGCAGCUCCGCGCCAUCGGCGUCCUCGUCCUCUGCGCCGUCCAGCAGCAGCUCCGCGCCAUCGGCGUCUUCGUCCUCUGCGCCGUCCAGCAGCAGCUCCGCGCCGUCGGCGUCUUCGUCCUCUGCGCCGUCCAGCAGCAGCUCCGCGCCAUCGGCGUCCUCGUCGUCUGCGCCGUCCAGCAGCAGCAGCUCCGCGCCGUCAGCGUCCUCGUCGUCUGCGCCGUCCAGCAGCAGCAGCUCCGCGCCAUCGGCGUCUUCGUCGUCUGCGCCGUCCAGCAGCAGCUCCGCGCCAUCGGCGUCUUCGUCGUCUGCGCCGUCCAGCAGCAGCAGCUCCGCGCCAUCGGCGUCUUCGUCCUCUGCGCCGUCCAGCAGCAGCUCCGCGCCGUCGGCGUCUUCGUCGUCUGCGCCGUCCAGCAGCAGCUCCGCGCCGUCGGCGUCCUCGUCGUCUGCGCCGUCCAGCAGCAGCAGCUCCGCGCCGUUGGCGUCCUCGUCGUCUGCGCCGUCCAGCAGCAGCAGCUCCGCGCCGUCGGCGUCCUCGUCGUCUGCGCCGUCCAGCAGCAGCAGCUCCGCGCCAUCGGCGUCCUCGUCGUCUGCGCCGUCCAGCAGCAGCAGCUCCGCGCCGUCGGCCUCUUCGUCGUCUGCGCCGUCCAGCAGCAGCAGCUCCGCGCCGUCGGCCUCUUCGUCGUCUGCGCCGUCCAGCAGCAGCUCCGCGCCGUCGGCGUCUUCGUCGUCUGCGCCGUCCAGCAGCAGCAGCUCCGCGCCGUCGGCCUCUUCGUCGUCUGCGCCGUCCAGCAGCAGCAGCUCCGCGCCGUCAGCGUCCUCGUCGUCUGCGCCGUCCAGCAGCAGCUCCGCGCCGUCGGCGUCCUCGUCAUCUGCGCCGUCCAGCAGCAGCAGCAGCUCCGCGCCGUCGGCGUCCUCGUCGUCUGCGCCGUCCAGCAGCAGCAGCACCGCGCCGUCAGCGUCCUCGUCGUCUGCGCCGUCCAGCAGCAGCUCCGCGCCGUCGGCGUCCUCGUCGUCUGCGCCGUCCAGCAGCAGCAGCUCCGCGCCGUCGGCGUCCUCGUCGUCUGCGCCGUCCAGCAGCAGCAGCUCCGCGCCGUCGGCGUCCUCGUCGUCUGCGCCGUCCAGCAGCAGCUCCGCGCCGUCGGCGUCCUCGUCGUCUGCGCCGUCCAGCAGCAGCAGCUCCGCGCCGUCAGCGUCCUCGUCGUCUGCGCCGUCCAGCAGCAGCAGCUCCGCGCCGUCGGCGUCCUCGUCGUCUGCGCCGUCCAGCAGCAGCAGCUCCGCGCCAUCGGCGUCCUCGUCGUCUGCGCCGUCCAGCAGCAGCUCCGCGCCGUCGGCGUCCUCGUCGUCUGCGCCGUCCAGCAGCAGCUCCGCGCCGUCGGCGUCCUCGUCGUCUGCGCCGUCCAGCAGCAGCUCCGCGCCGUCGGCGUCCUCGUCAUCUGCGCCGUCCAGCAGCAGCAGCUCCGCGCCGUCGGCGUCUUCGUCGUCUGCGCCGUCCAGCAGCAGCAGCUCCGCGCCGUCGGCGUCCUCGUCGUCUGCGCCGUCCAGCAGCAGCUCCGCGCCGUCAGCGUCCUCGUCGUCUGCGCCGUCCAGCAGCAGCAGCUCCGCGCCGUCGGCGUCUUCGUCGUCUGCGCCGUCCAGCAGCAGCAGCUCCGCGCCAUCGGCGUCCUCGUCGUCUGCGCCGUCCAGCAGCAGCAGCAGCUCCGCGCCGUCGGCGUCUUCGUCGUCUGCGCCGUCCAGCAGCAGCUCCGCGCCGUCGGCGUCCUCGUCGUCUGCGCCGUCCAGCAGCAGCUCCGCGCCGUCGGCGUCUUCGUCGUCUGCGCCGUCCAGCAGCAGCAGCUCCGCGCCGUCGGCGUCCCCGUCGUCUGCGCCGUCCAGCAGCAGCUCUGCGCCGUCGGCGUCUUCGUCGUCUGCGCCGUCCAGCAGCAGCUCCGCGCCGUCAGCGUCCUCGUCGUCUGCGCCGUCCAGCAGCAGCAGCUCUGCGCCGUCGGCGUCUUCGUCGUCUGCGCCGUCCAGCAGCAGCUCCGCGCCGUCGGCGUCCUCGUCGUCUGCGCCGUCCGGCAGCAGCUCCGCGCCAUCGGCGUCCUCGUCGUCUGCGCCGUCCAGCAGCAGCAGCUCCGCGCCAUCGGCGUCUUCGUCGUCUGCGCCGUCCAGCAGCAGCAGCUCCGCGCCGUCGGCGUCUUCGUCGUCUGCGCCGUCCAGCAGCAGCAGCUCCGCGCCAUCGGCGUCUUCGUCGUCUGCGCCGUCCAGCAGCAGCAGCUCCGCGCCAUCGGCGUCCUCGUCGUCUGCGCCGUCCAGCAGCAGCAGCUCCGCGCCAUCGGCGUCCUCGUCGUCUGCGCCGUCCAGCAGCAGCAGCUCCGCGCCGUCGGCGUCCUCGUCGUCUGCGCCGUCCAGCAGCAGCUCCGCGCCGUCAGCGUCCUCGUCGUCUGUGCCGUCUAGUGGUAGUAGUGACGACUGUUACGCAUCUGUGCCGUUUUACGGCGCCGGACAACGAAGGAGUACGCGGAAAUUUCUGGAGGCCUUCAAGGUUACGAUUCCGGUGCUGAGGGAUAUCUGGGUGUGCCCGAACUUCUGCGCUUGGCGGUAUGUGCGGUGCAGGAGCUCUGGUGUUGCUUUGGAGAUGGCGGGCGCCGAUCUUGCCGGCUCUCUACCAGAUAUUCCAGCUGGCGUUGAUGCAAACGAUGUUGUUGUCAACAAGGUGGAUAUGAGCGACGUCGUAGACUUGGGCUAUGCGUUUCCCGCGAGUUGGGGCGCACUGGUGUCCAUGCAGUACAUGGCCGUUCCCGGGACACUAAUAUUCGGCAGUCUCCCACCGGAGUGGAGCGGCAUGUCAAGUCUUGAAUACUUUGACGCCAGCUCCACAAUGAUUACCGGGCAGCUCCCGAGUAGCUGGUCCAGGUUAAACAACUUGAAAGUGCUCCGCAUUACCGAGGCAAUGCUUUCUGGCACUCUUCCAGAAUCAUGGAGCAGCAUGUCUUCCUUAGAGGAAUUAAGAUUAGGCCGGAAUACCAUUGAUGGAUCACCUCCACCGUCCUGGUGUAGCCUGGAGAAUCUGCACACUUUGAACCUGCAGAACAACAUUCUCCAAGGAACCCUUCCAACGUCCUGGGGAAGACUCAGUAACAUGGAAGACUUCCGCAUAAACAACAACCAACUAAUCGCCUCCAUUCCCGAGUCCUACAGUCAAUGGACAAAAAUCCGAAAUGCCCAAAUGCAUGUGAACAACUUCUGCGGAUGCCUUCCAUCGAGAUGGAUCGCAACGAAUGGCCUCACAAUGUCAGCCAACGCUGAUCCACCAGUAAUGGCCACCGACUGUAACAUCAUCAACAGCUGCAGGGAAACGUCUUCACCUUCUUCGUCGUCUGCGCCGUCCAGCAGCAGCAGCUCCGCGCCGUCGGCGUCUUCGUCGUCUGCGCCGUCUAGCAGCAGCAGCUCCGCGCCGUCAGCGUCUUCGUCGUCUGCGCCGUCCAGCAGCAGCUCCGCGCCGUUGGCGUCCUCGUCGUCUGCGCCGUCCAGCAGCAGCUCCGCGCCAUCGGCGUCUUCGUCGUCUGCGCCGUCCAGCAGCAGCAGCUCCGCGCCGUCGGCGUCUUCGUCGUCUGCGCCGUCCAGCAGCAGCUCCGCGCCGUCAGCGUCCUCGUCGUCUGCGCCGUCCAGCAGCAGCAGCUCCGCGCCAUCGGCGUCUUCGUCCUCUGCGCCGUCCAGCAGCAGCAGCUCCGCGCCGUCGGCGUCCUCGUCGUCUGCGCCGUCCAGCAGCAGCAGCUCCGCGCCGUCAGCGUCCUCGUCGUCUGCGCCGUCCAGCAGCAGCUCCGCGCCGUCGGCGUCCUCGUCGUCUGCGCCGUCCAGCAGCAGCUCCGCGCCGUCAGCGUCUUCGUCGUCUGCGCCGUCCAGCAGCAGCUCCGCGCCGUCGGCGUCCUCGUCGUCUGCGCCGUCCAGCAGCAGUAGCUCUGCGCCGUCGGCGUCUUCGUCGUCUGCGCCGUCCAGCAGCAGCAGCUCCGCGCCGUCAGCGUCCUCGUCGUCUGCGCCGUCCAGCAGCAGCAGCUCUGCGCCGUCGGCGUCUUCGUCGUCUGCGCCGUCCAGCAGCAGCUCCGCGCCGUCGGCGUCCUCGUCGUCUGCGCCGUCCAGCAGCAGCUCCGCGCCGUCGGCGUCAUCGUCGUCUGCGCCGUCCAGCAGCAGCUCCGCGCCGUCGGCGUCCUCGUCGUCUGCGCCGUCCAGCAGCAGCAGCUCCGCGCCGUCGGCGUCCUCGUCGUCUGCGCCGUCCAGCAGCAGCAGCUCCGCGCCGUCAGCGUCCUCGUCGUCUGCGCCGUCCAGCAGCAGCAGCUCCGCGCCGUCGGCGUCCUCGUCGUCUGCGCCGUCCAGCAGCAGCUCCGCGCCGUCGGCGUCCUCGUCGUCUGCGCCGUCCAGCAGCAGCUCCGCGCCGUCGGCGUCCUCGUCGUCUGCGCCGUCCAGCAGCAGCUCCGCGCCGUCGGCGUCUUCGUCGUCUGCGCCGUCCAGCAGCAGCAGCUCCGCGCCGUCGGCGUCCUCGUCGUCUGCGCCGUCCAGCAGCAGCAGCUCCGCGCCGUCAGCGUCCUCGUCGUCUGCGCCGUCCAGCAGCAGCAGCUCCGCGCCGUCGGCGUCCUCGUCGUCUGCGCCGUCCAGCAGCAGCUCCGCGCCGUCGGCGUCCUCGUCGUCUGCGCCGUCCAGCAGCAGUAGCUCUGCGCCGUCGGCGUCUUCGUCGUCUGCGCCGUCCAGCAGCAGCUCCGCGCCGUCGGCGUCCUCGUCGUCUGCGCCGUCCAGCAGCAGCUCCGCGCCGUCGGCGUCUUCGUCGUCUGCGCCGUCCAGCAGCAGCAGCUCCGCGCCGUCAGCGUCCUCGUCGUCUGCGCCGUCCAGCAGCAGCAGCUCCGCGCCGUCGGCGUCCUCGUCGUCUGCGCCGUCCAGCAGCAGCUCCGCGCCGUCGGCGUCCUCGUCGUCUGCGCCGUCCAGCAGCAGCAGCUCCGCGCCGUCGGCGUCUUCGUCGUCUGCGCCGUCCAGCAGCAGCAGCACCGCGCCGUCGGCGUCCUCGUCGUCUGCGCCGUCCAGCAGCAGCACCGCGCCGUCGGCGUCCUCGUCGUCUGCGCCUUCCAGCAGCAGCAGCUCCGCGCCGUCAGCGUCCUCGUCGUCUGCGCCGUCCAGCAGCAGCAGCUCCGCGCCGUCGGCGUCGUCGUCGUCUGCGCCGUCCAGCAGCAGCAGCUCCGCGCCGUCGGCGUCCUCGUCGUCUGCGCCGUCCAGCAGCAGCAGCUCCGCGCCGUCAGCGUCCUCGUCGUCUGCGCCGUCCAGCAGCAGCAGCUCCGCGCCAUCGGCGUCUUCGUCGUCUGCGCCGUCCAGCAGCAGCAGCUCCGCGCCAUCGGCGUCCUCGUCGUCUGCGCCGUCCAGCAGCAGCUCCGCGCCAUCGGCGUCUUCGUCCUCUGCGCCGUCCAGCAGCAGCAGCUCCGCGCCGUCGGGGUCCUCGUCGUCUGCGCCGUCCAGCAGCAGCUCCGCGCCGUCGGCGUCCUCGUCGUCUGCGCCGUCCAGCAGCAGCAGCUCCGCGCCGUUGGCGUCCUCGUCGUCUGCGCCGUCCAGCAGCAGCAGCUCCGCGCCGUCAGCGUCCUCGUCGUCUGCGCCGUCCAGCAGCAGCAGCUCCGCGCCGUCGGCGUCCUCGUCGUCUGCGCCGUCCAGCAGCAGCAGCUCCGCGCCAUCAGCGUCUUCGUCCUCUGCGCCGUCCAGCAGCAGCAGCUCCGCGCCGUCAGCGUCCUCGUCGUCUGCGCCGUCCAGCAGCAGCUCCGCGCCAUCGGCGUCUUCGUCGUCUGCGCCGUCCAGCAGCAGCUCCGCGCCGUCAGCGUCCUCGUCGUCUGCGCCGUCCAGCAGCAGCAGCUCCGCGCCAUCGGCGUCUUCGUCGUCUGCGCCGUCCAGCAGCAGCUCCGCGCCGUCGGCGUCUUCGUCGUCUGCGCCGUCCAGCAGCAGCAGCUCCGCGUCGUCGGCGUCUUCGUCGUCUGCGCCGUCCAGCAGCAGCUCCGCGCCAUCGGCGUCUUCGUCCUCUGCGCCGUCCAGCAGCAGCUCCGCGCCAUCGGCGUCUUCGUCCUCUGCGCCGUCCAGCAGCAGCUCCGCGCCAUCGGCGUCUUCGUCCUCUGCGCCGUCCAGCAGCAGCUCCGCGCCAUCGGCGUCUUCGUCCUCUGCGCCGUCCAGCAGCAGCUCCGCGCCGUCGGCGUCUUCGUCGUCUGCGCCGUCCAGCAGCAGCUCCGCGCCGUCGGCGUCCUCGUCGUCUGCGCCGUCCAGCAGCAGCAGCUCUGCGCCGUCGGCGUCCUCGUCGUCUGCGCCGUCCAGCAGCAGCAGCUCCGCGCCGUCAGCGUCCUCGUCGUCUGCGCCGUCCAGCAGCAGCAGCUCCGCGCCGUCGGCGUCUUCGUCGUCUGCGCCGUCCAGCAGCAGCUCCGCGCCGUCGGCGUCCUCGUCGUCUGCGCCGUCCAGCAGCAGCUCUGCGCCGUCGGCGUCUUCGUCGUCUGCGCCGUCCAGCAGCAGCUCCGCGCCGUCGGCGUCUUCGUCGUCUGCGCCGUCCAGCAGCAGCAGCUCCGCGCCGUCGGCGUCCUCGUCGUCUGCGCCGUCCAGCAGCAGCAGCUCUGCGCCGUCGGCGUCUUCGUCGUCUGCGCCGUCCAGCAGCAGCUCCGCGCCGUCGGCGUCCUCGUCGUCUGCGCCGUCCAGCAGCAGCAGCUCCGCGCCGUCGGCGUCCUCGUCGUCUGCGCCGUCCAGCAGCAGCAGCUCCGCGCCGUCGGCGUCCUCGUCGUCUGCGCCGUCCAGCAGCAGCUCCGCGCCGUCGGCGUCCUCGUCGUCUGCGCCGUCCAGCAGCAGCUCCGCGCCGUCAGCGUCCUCGUCGUCUGCGCCGUCCAGCAGCAGCAGCUCCGCGCCAUCGGCGUCCUCGUCGUCUGCGCCGUCCAGCAGCAGCAGCUCCGCGCCGUCAGCGUCCUCGUCGUCUGCGCCGUCCAGCAGCAGCAGCUCCGCGCCGUCGGCGUCCUCGUCGUCUGCGCCGUCCAGCAGCAGCUCCGCGCCGUCGGCGUCCUCGUCGUCUGCGCCGUCCAGCAGCAGCUCCGCGCCGUCGGCGUCUUCGUCGUCUGCGCCGUCCAGCAGCAGCAGCUCCGCGCCAUCGGCGUCCUCGUCGUCUGCGCCGUCCAGCAGCAGCAGCUCCGCGCCGUCGGCGUCCUCGUCGUCUGCGCCGUCCAGCAGCAGCAGCUCCGCGCCGUCGGCGUCCUCGUCGUCUGCGCCGUCCAGCAGCAGCUCCGCGCCGUCGGCGUCCUCGUCGUCUGCGCCGUCCAGCAGCAGCUCCGCGCCGUCAGCGUCUUCGUCGUCUGCGCCGUCCAGCAGCAGCAGCUCUGCGCCGUCGGCGUCCUCGUCGUCUGCGCCGUCCAGCAGCAGCAGCUCCGCGCCGUCGGUGUCCUCGUCGUCUGCGCCGUCCAGCAGCAGCAGCUCCGCGCCAUCAGCGUCCUCGUCGUCUGCGCCGUCCAGCAGCAGCAGCUCCGCGCCGUCGGCGUCUUCGUCCUCUGCGCCGUCCAGCAGCAGCUCCGCGCCGUCAGCGUCCUCGUCGUCUGCGCCGUCCAGCAGCAGCUCCGCGCCAUCGGCGUCUUCGUCGUCUGCGCCGUCCAGCAGCAGCUCCGCGCCGUCAGCGUCCUCGUCGUCUGCGCCGUCCAGCAGCAGCAGCACCGCGCCGUUGGCGUCCUCGUCGUCUGCGCCGUCCAGCAGCAGCUCCGCGCCGUCAGCGUCCUCGUCGUCUGCGCCGUCCAGCAGCAGCAGCUCCGCGCCGUCAGCGUCCUCGUCGUCUGCGCCGUCCAGCAGCAGCAGCUCCGCGCCGUCGGCGUCUUCGUCGUCUGCGCCGUCCAGCAGCAGCAGCACCGCGCCGUCGGCGUCUUCGUCGUCUGCGCCGUCCAGCAGCAGCAGCUCCGCGCCGUCGGCGUCCUCGUCGUCUGCGCCGUCCAGCAGCAGCAGCUCCGCGCCGUCGGCGUCCUCGUCGUCUGCGCCGUCCAGCAGCAGCAGCUCCGCGCCGUCAGCGUCCUCGUCGUCUGCGCCGUCCAGCAGCAGCAGCUCCGCGCCGUCGGCGUCCUCGUCGUCUGCGCCGUCCAGCAGCAGCAGCUCUGCGCCGUCGGCGUCUUCGUCGUCUGCGCCGUCCAGCAGCAGCUCCGCGCCGUCAGCGUCCUCGUCGUCUGCGCCGUCCAGCAGCAGCAGCUCCGCGCCAUCGGCCUCUUCGUCGUCUGCGCCGUCCAGCAGCAGCUCCGCGCCAUCGGCGUCUUCGUCGUCUGCGCCGUCCAGCAGCAGCUCCGCGCCAUCGGCGUCUUCGUCGUCUGCGCCGUCCAGCAGCAGCAGCUCCGCGCCGUCGGCGUCCUCGUCGUCUGCGCCGUCCAGCAGCAGCACCGCGCCAUCGGCGUCUUCGUCCUCUGCGCCGUCCAGCAGCAGCUCCGCGCCAUCGGCGUCCUCGUCCUCUGCGCCGUCCAGCAGCAGCUCCGCGCCAUCGGCGUCUUCGUCCUCUGCGCCGUCCAGCAGCAGCUCCGCGCCGUCGGCGUCUUCGUCCUCUGCGCCGUCCAGCAGCAGCUCCGCGCCAUCGGCGUCCUCGUCGUCUGCGCCGUCCAGCAGCAGCAGCUCCGCGCCAUCGGCGUCUUCGUCGUCUGCGCCGUCCAGCAGCAGCUCCGCGCCAUCGGCGUCUUCGUCGUCUGCGCCGUCCAGCAGCAGCAGCUCCGCGCCGUCGGCGUCUUCGUCGUCUGCGCCGUCCAGCAGCAGCUCCGCGCCGUCGGCGUCUUCGUCGUCUGCGCCGUCCAGCAGCAGCUCCGCGCCAUCGGCGUCUUCGUCCUCUGCGCCGUCCAGCAGCAGCAGCACCGCGCCAUCGGCGUCCUCGUCGUCUGCGCCGUCCAGCAGCAGCAGCUCCGCGCCGUCGGCGUCCUCGUCGUCUGCGCCGUCCAGCAGCAGCAGCUCCGCGCCAUCGGCGUCUUCGUCGUCUGCGCCGUCCAGCAGCAGCAGCUCCGCGCCAUCGGCGUCUUCGUCCUCUGCGCCGUCCAGCAGCAGCUCCGCGCCAUCGGCGUCUUCGUCCUCUGCGCCGUCCAGCAGCAGCAGCUCCGCGCCAUCGGCGUCUUCGUCGUCUGCGCCGUCCAGCAGCAGCAGCUCCGCGCCGUCGGCGUCCUCGUCGUCUGCGCCGUCCAGCAGCAGCUCCGCGCCGUCGGCGUCUUCGUCGUCUGCGCCGUCCAGCAGCAGCUCCGCGCCGUCAGCGUCCUCGUCGUCUGCGCCGUCCAGCAGCAGCAGCUCCGCGCCGUCAGCGUCCUCGUCGUCUGCGCCGUCCAGCAGCAGCAGCUCCGCGCCGUCGGCGUCCUCGUCGUCUGCGCCGUCCAGCAGCAGCUCCGCGCCGUCGGCGUCUUCGUCGUCUGCGCCGUCCAGCAGCAGCUCCGCGCCGUCAGCGUCCUCGUCGUCUGCGCCGUCCAGCAGCAGCAGCUCCGCGCCGUCAGCGUCCUCGUCGUCUGCGCCGUCCAGCAGCAGCAGCUCCGCGCCGUCGGCGUCCUCGUCGUCUGCGCCGUCCAGCAGCAGCUCCGCGCCAUCGGCGUCUUCGUCGUCUGCGCCGUCCAGCAGCAGCUCCGCGCCGUCAGCGUCCUCGUCGUCUGCGCCGUCCAGCAGCAGCAGCUCCGCGCCGUCAGCGUCCUCGUCGUCUGCGCCGUCCAGCAGCAGCAGCUCCGCGCCGUCGGCGUCCUCGUCGUCUGCGCCGUCCAGCAGCAGCAGCUCCGCGCCGUCGGCGUCUUCGUCGUCUGCGCCGUCCAGCAGCAGCAGCUCCGCGCCGUCGGCGUCCUCGUCAUCUGCGCCGUCCAGCAGCAGCAGCUCCGCGCCGUCGGCGUCCUCGUCGUCUGCGCCGUCCAGCAGCAGCAGCUCCGCGCCGUCGGCGUCCUCGUCGUCUGCGCCGUCCAGCAGCAGCAGCUCCGCGCCGUCGGCGUCCUCGUCGUCUGCGCCGUCCAGCAGCAGCUCCGCGCCGUCGGCGUCCUCGUCGUCUGCGCCGUCCAGCAGCAGCAGCUCCGCGCCGUCGGCGUCUUCGUCGUCUGCGCCGUCCAGCAGCAGCAGCUCCGCGCCGUCGGCGUCCUCGUCGUCUGCGCCGUCCAGCAGCAGCAGCUCCGCGCCAUCGGCGUCUUCGUCGUCUGCGCCGUCCAGCAGCAGCAGCACCGCGCCGUCGGCGUCCUCGUCGUCUGCGCCGUCCAGCAGCAGCUCCGCGCCGUCAGCGUCCUCGUCGUCUGCGCCGUCCAGCAGCAGCUCCGCGCCGUCAGCGUCCUCGUCGUCUGCGCCGUCCAGCAGCAGCUCCGCGCCGUCGGCGUCUUCGUCGUCUGCGCCGUCCAGCAGCAGCAGCUCCGCGCCGUCGGCGUCUUCGUCCUCUGCGCCGUCCAGCAGCAGCUCCGCGCCAUCGGCGUCUUCGUCCUCUGCGCCGUCCAGCAGCAGCAGCUCCGCGCCGUCGGCGUCUUCGUCGUCUGCGCCGUCCAGCAGCAGCAGCUCCGCGCCGUCGGCGUCCUCGUCGUCUGCGCCGUCCAGCAGCAGCAGCACCGCGCCGUCGGCGUCCUCGUCCUCUGCGCCGUCCAGCAGCAGCAGCACCGCGCCGUCGGCGUCUUCGUCGUCUGCGCCGUCCAGCAGCAGCAGCUCCGCGCCGUUGGCGUCCUCGUCAUCUGCGCCGUCCAGCAGCAGCAGCACCGCGCCGUCAGCGUCCUCGUCGUCUGCGCCGUCCAGCAGCAGCAGCUCCGCGCCGUUGGCGUCCUCGUCAUCUGCGCCGUCCAGCAGCAGCAGCUCCGCGCCGUCGGCGUCCUCGUCAUCUGCGCCGUCCAGCAGCAGCUCCGCGCCGUCAGCGUCCUCGUCGUCUGCGCCGUCCAGCAGCAGCAGCUCCGCGCCAUCGGCGUCUUCGUCGUCUGCGCCGUCCAGCAGCAGCAGCUCCGCGCCGUCGGCGUCUUCGUCGUCUGCGCCGUCCAGCAGCAGCAGCUCCGCGCCGUCGGCGUCUUCGUCGUCUGCGCCGUCCAGCAGCAGCAGCUCCGCGCCAUCGGCGUCCUCGUCGUCUGCGCCGUCCAGCAGCAGCAGCUCCGCGCCAUCGGCGUCUUCGUCGUCUGCGCCGUCCAGCAGCAGCAGCUCCGCGCCGUCGGCGUCUUCGUCGUCUGCGCCGUCCAGCAGCAGCAGCUCUGCGCCGUCGGCGUCCUCGUCGUCUGCGCCGUCCAGCAGCAGCAGCUCCGCGCCGUCGGCGUCCUCGUCGUCUGCGCCGUCCAGCAGCAGCUCCGCGCCGUCAGCGUCUUCGUCGUCUGCGCCGUCCAGCAGCAGCAGCUCCGCGCCGUCGGCGUCCUCGUCGUCUGCGCCGUCCAGCAGCAGCAGCUCCGCGCCGUCGGCGUCCUCGUCGUCUGCGCCGUCCAGCAGCAGCAGCUCCGCGCCGUCAGCGUCCUCGUCGUCUGCGCCGUCCAGCAGCAGCAGCUCCGCGCCGUCGGCGUCCUCGUCGUCUGCGCCGUCCAGCAGCAGCAGCUCCGCGCCGUCGGCGUCCUCGUCGUCUGCGCCGUCCAGCAGCAGCUCCGCGCCGUCGGCGUCUUCGUCGUCUGCGCCGUCCAGCAGCAGCUCCGCGCCAUCGGCGUCUUCGUCCUCUGCGCCGUCCAGCAGCAGCUCCGCGCCAUCGGCGUCUUCGUCCUCUGCGCCGUCCAGCAGCAGCUCCGCGCCGUCGGCGUCUUCGUCGUCUGCGCCGUCCAGCAGCAGCUCCGCGCCAUCGGCGUCCUCGUCCUCUGCGCCGUCCAGCAGCAGCUCCGCGCCGUCGGCGUCCUCGUCGUCUGCGCCGUCCAGCAGCAGCAGCUCCGCGCCGUUGGCGUCCUCGUCGUCUGCGCCGUCCAGCAGCAGCAGCUCCGCGCCGUCGGCGUCCUCGUCGUCUGCGCCGUCCAGCAGCAGCACCGCGCCGUCGGCGUCCUCGUCGUCUGCGCCGUCCAGCAGCAGCAGCUCCGCGCCGUCGGCGUCCUCGUCGUCUGCGCCGUCCAGCAGCAGCAGCACCGCGCUGUCGGCGUCCUCGUCGUCUGCGCCGUCCAGCAGCAGCAGCUCCGCGCCGUCAGCGUCCUCGUCGUCUGCGCCGUCCAGCAGCACCAGCUCCGCGCCAUCGGCGUCUUCGUCGUCUGCGCCGUCCAGCAGCAGCAGCUCCGCGCCGUCAGCGUCCUCGUCGUCUGCGCCGUCCAGCAGCAGCAGCUCCGCGCCGUCGGCGUCUUCGUCGUCUGCGCCGUCCAGCAGCAGCAGCUCCGCGCCGUCGGCGUCCUCGUCGUCUGCGCCGUCCAGCAGCACCAGCUCCGCGCCGUCAGCGUCCUCGUCGUCUGCGCCGUCCAGCAGCACCAGCUCCGCGCCGUCGGCGUCCUCGUCGUCUGCGCCGUCCAGCAGCAGCAGCUCCGCGCCAUCGGCGUCCUCGUCGUCUGCGCCGUCCAGCAGCAGCAGCUCCGCGCCAUCGGCGUCCUCGUCGUCUGCGCCGUCCAGCAGCAGCAGCUCCGCGCCGUCGGCGUCCUCGUCGUCUGCGCCGUCCAGCAGCAGCUCCGCGCCGUCGGCGUCCUCGUCGUCUGCGCCGUCCAGCAGCAGCAGCUCCGCGCCGUCGGCGUCCUCGUCGUCUGCGCCGUCCAGCAGCAGCUCCGCGCCGUCGGCGUCCUCGUCGUCUGCGCCGUCCAGCAGCAGCUCCGCGCCGUCGGCGUCCUCGUCGUCUGCGCCGUCCAGCAGCAGCAGCUCCGCGCCGUCGGCGUCUUCGUCGUCUGCGCCGUCCAGCAGCAGCAGCUCCGCGCCGUCGGCGUCCUCGUCGUCUGCGCCGUCCAGCAGCAGCAGCUCCGCGCCGUCGGCGUCCUCGUCGUCUGCGCCGUCCAGCAGCAGCAGCUCCGCGCCGUCGGCGUCCUCGUCGUCUGCGCCGUCCAGCAGCAGCUCCGCGCCGUCGGCGUCCUCGUCGUCUGCGCCGUCCAGCAGCAGCUCCGCGCCGUCGGCGUCCUCGUCGUCUGCGCCGUCCAGCAGCAGCAGCUCCGCGCCGUCGGCGUCUUCGUCGUCUGCGCCGUCCAGCAGCAGCAGCUCUGCGCCGUCGGCGUCUUCGUCGUCUGCGCCGUCCAGCAGCAGCUCCGCGCCGUCGGCGUCCUCGUCGUCUGCGCCGUCCAGCAGCAGCUCCGCGCCGUCGGCGUCCUCGUCGUCUGCGCCGUCCAGCAGCAGCUCCGCGCCGUCGGCGUCCUCGUCGUCUGCGCCGUCCAGCAGCAGCUCCGCGCCGUCGGCGUCCUCGUCGUCUGCGCCGUCCAGCAGCAGCAGCUCCGCGCCGUCAGCGUCCUCGUCGUCUGCGCCGUCCAGCAGCAGCAGCUCCGCGCCGUCGGCGUCCUCGUCGUCUGCGCCGUCCAGCAGCAGCAGCUCCGCGCCGUCGGCGUCCUCGUCGUCUGCGCCGUCCAGCAGCAGCAGCUCCGCGCCGUCGGCGUCCUCGUCGUCUGCGCCGUCCAGCAGCAGCAGCUCCGCGCCGUCGGCGUCCUCGUCGUCUGCGCCGUCCAGCAGCAGCAGCUCCGCGCCGUCAGCGUCCUCGUCGUCUGCGCCGUCCAGCAGCAGCAGCUCCGCGCCGUCGGCGUCCUCGUCGUCUGCGCCGUCCAGCAGCAGCAGCUCCGCGCCGUCGGCGUCCUCGUCGUCUGCGCCGUCCAGCAGCAGCAGCUCCGCGCCGUCAGCGUCCUCGUCGUCUGCGCCGUCCAGCAGCAGCAGCUCCGCGCCGUCGGCGUCCUCGUCGUCUGCGCCGUCCAGCAGCAGCAGCUCCGCGCCGUCAGCGUCCUCGUCGUCUGCGCCGUCCAGCAGCAGCUCCGCGCCGUCGGCGUCCUCGUCGUCUGCGCCGUCCAGCAGCAGCUCCGCGCCGUCGGCGUCCUCGUCGUCUGCGCCGUCCAGCAGCAGCAGCUCCGCGCCGUCGGCGUCCUCGUCGUCUGCGCCGUCCAGCAGCAGCAGCUCCGCGCCGUCGGCGUCUUCGUCGUCUGCGCCGUCCAGCAGCAGCUCCGCGCCGUCGGCGUCUUCGUCGUCUGCGCCGUCCAGCAGCAGCAGCUCCGCGCCGUCAGCGUCCUCGUCGUCUGCGCCGUCCAGCAGCAGCUCCGCGCCGUCGGCGUCCUCGUCGUCUGCGCCGUCCAGCAGCAGCAGCUCCGCGCCGUCAGCGUCCUCGUCGUCUGCGCCGUCCAGCAGCAGCAGCUCCGCGCCGUCAGCGUCCUCGUCGUCUGCGCCGUCCAGCAGCAGCAGCUCCGCGCCGUCGGCGUCCUCGUCGUCUGCGCCGUCCAGCAGCAGCAGCUCUGCGCCGUCGGCGUCUUCGUCGUCUGCGCCGUCCAGCAGCAGCUCCGCGCCGUCAGCGUCCUCGUCGUCUGCGCCGUCCAGCAGCAGCAGCUCCGCGCCGUCGGCGUCCUCGUCGUCUGCGCCGUCCAGCAGCAGCAGCUCCGCGCCCUCAGCGUCCUCGUCGUCUGCGCCGUCCAGCAGCAGCAGCUCCGCGCCGUCGGCGUCCUCGUCGUCUGCGCCGUCCAGCAGCAGCAGCUCCGCGCCGUCGGCGUCUUCGUCGUCUGCGCCGUCCAGCAGCAGCUCCGCGCCGUCGGCGUCCUCGUCGUCUGCGCCGUCCAGCAGCAGCAGCUCCGCGCCGUCGGCGUCCUCGUCGUCUGCGCCGUCCAGCAGCAGCUCCGCGCCGUCGGCGUCUUCGUCGUCUGCGCCGUCCAGCAGCAGCAGCUCCGCGCCGUCGGCGUCCUCGUCGUCUGCGCCGUCCAGCAGCAGCAGCUCCGCGCCGUCGGCGUCCUCGUCGUCUGCGCCGUCCAGCAGCAGCUCCGCUCCGUCGGCGUCCUCGUCGUCUGCGCCGUCCAGCAGCAGCAGCUCCGCGCCGUCGGCGUCCUCGUCGUCUGCGCCGUCCAGCAGCAGCUCUGCGCCGUCGGCGUCCUCGUCGUCUGCGCCGUCCAGCAGCAGCUCCGCGCCGUCAGCGUCCUCGUCGUCUGCGCCGUCCAGCAGCAGCUCCGCGCCGUCGGCGUCCUCGUCGUCUGCGCCGUCCAGCAGCAGCAGCUCCGCGCCGUCGGCGUCCUCGUCAUCUGCGCCGUCCAGCAGCAGCAGCUCCGCGCCGUCGGCGUCCUCGUCAUCUGCGCCGUCCAGCAGCAGCAGCUCCGCGCCGUCAGCGUCCUCGUCGUCUGCGCCGUCCAGCAGCAGCAGCUCCGCGCCGUCGGCGUCCUCGUCAUCUGCGCCGUCCAGCAGCAGCAGCUCCGCGCCGUCAGCGUCCUCGUCGUCUGCGCCGUCCAGCAGCAGCAGCUCCGCGCCGUCGGCGUCCUCGUCGUCUGCGCCGUCCAGCAGCAGCUCCGCGCCGUCGGCGUCCUCGUCGUCUGCGCCGUCCAGCAGCAGCAGCUCCGCGCCGUCGGCGUCCUCGUCGUCUGCGCCGUCCAGCAGCAGCAGCUCCGCGCCGUCGGCGUCCUCGUCGUCUGCGCCGUCCAGCAGCAGCAGCUCCGCGCCGUCGGCGUCCUCGUCGUCUGCGCCGUCCAGCAGCAGCAGCUCCGCGCCGUCGGCGUCCUCGUCGUCUGCGCCGUCCAGCAGCAGCAGCUCCGCGCCGUCAGCGUCCUCGUCGUCUGCGCCGUCCAGCAGCAGCAGCUCCGCGCCGUCAGCGUCCUCGUCGUCUGCGCCGUCCAGCAGCAGCUCCGCGCCGUCAGCGUCCUCGUCGUCUGCGCCGUCCAGCAGCAGCAGCUCCGCGCCGUCGGCGUCCUCGUCGUCUGCGCCGUCCAGCAGCAGCUCCGCGCCGUCAGCGUCCUCGUCGUCUGCGCCGUCCAGCAGCAGCUCCGCGCCGUCAGCGUCCUCGUCGUCUGCGCCGUCCAGCAGCAGCAGCUCCGCGCCGUCGGCGUCUUCGUCGUCUGCGCCGUCCAGCAGCAGCAGCUCCGCGCCAUCGGCGUCUUCGUCGUCUGCGCCGUCCAGCAGCAGCAGCUCCGCGCCGUCGGCGUCCUCGUCGUCUGCGCCGUCCAGCAGCAGCAGCUCCGCGCCGUCGGCGUCUUCGUCGUCUGCGCCGUCCAGCAGCAGCAGCACCGCGCCGUCAGCGUCCUCGUCGUCUGCGCCGUCCAGCAGCAGCAGCUCCGCGCCAUCGGCGUCUUCGUCCUCUGCGCCGUCCAGCAGCAGCAGCUCCGCGCCAUCGGCGUCUUCGUCCUCUGCGCCGUCCAGCAGCAGCAGCUCCGCGCCGUCGGCGUCCUCGUCGUCUGCGCCGUCCAGCAGCAGCUCCGCGCCAUCGGGGUCUUCGUCGUCUGCGCCGUCCAGCAGCAGCUCCGCGCCAUCGGCGUCUUCGUCCUCUGCGCCGUCCAGCAGCAGCAGCUCCGCGCCGUCGGCGUCCUCGUCGUCUGCGCCGUCCAGCAGCAGCAGCUCCGCGCCGUCGGCGUCUUCGUCGUCUGCGCCGUCCAGCAGCAGCAGCUCCGCGCCGUCGGCGUCUUCGUCGUCUGCGCCGUCCAGCAGCAGCUCCGCGCCAUCGGCGUCCUCGUCGUCUGCGCCGUCCAGCAGCAGCAGCUCCGCGCCAUCGGCGUCCUCGUCGUCUGCGCCGUCCAGCAGCAGCUCCGCGCCAUCGGCGUCUUCGUCCUCUGCGCCGUCCAGCAGCAGCUCCGCGCCAUCGGCGUCUUCGUCCUCUGCGCCGUCCAGCAGCAGCAGCACCGCGCCGUCGGCGUCCUCGUCGUCUGCGCCGUCCAGCAGCAGCUCCGCGCCGUCGGCGUCCUCGUCGUCUGCGCCGUCCAGCAGCAGCAGCUCCGCGCCAUCGGCGUCUUCGUCCUCUGCGCCGUCCAGCAGCAGCAGCUCCGCGCCGUCGGCGUCUUCGUCGUCUGCGCCGUCCAGCAGCAGCAGCUCCGCGCCGUCGGCGUCUUCGUCGUCUGCGCCGUCCAGCAGCAGCUCCGCGCCGUCGGCGUCCUCGUUGUCUGCGCCGUCCAGCAGCAGCUCCGCGCCGUCGGCGUCCUCGUCGUCUGCGCCGUCCAGCAGCAGCUCCGCGCCGUCGGCGUCCUCGUCGUCUGCGCCGUCCAGCAGCAGCAGCUCCGCGCUGUCGGCGUCUUCGUCGUCUGCGCCGUCCAGCAGCAGCAGCUCCGCGCCGUCGGCGUCUUCGUCGUCUGCGCCGUCCAGCAGCAGCAGCUCCGCGCCAUCGGCGUCCUCGUCGUCUGCGCCGUCCAGCAGCAGCAGCUCCGCGCCGUCGGCGUCCUCGUCGUCUGCGCCGUCCAGCAGCAGCUCCGCGCCGUCGGCGUCCUCGUCAUCUGCGCCGUCCAGCAGCAGCAGCUCCGCGCCGUCAGCGUCCUCGUCGUCUGCGCCGUCCAGCAGCAGCAGCUCCGCGCCAUCGGCGUCUUCGUCGUCUGCGCCGUCCAGCAGCAGCUCCGCGCCGUCGGCGUCCUCGUCGUCUGCGCCGUCCAGCAGCAGCAGCUCCGCGCCGUCGGCGUCCUCGUCGUCUGCGCCGUCCAGCAGCACCAGCUCCGCGCCGUCGGCGUCCUCGUCAUCUGCGCCGUCCAGCAGCAGCUCCGCGCCGUCGGCGUCCUCGUCGUCUGCGCCGUCCAGCAGCAGCAGCUCCGCGCCAUCGGGGUCUUCGUCGUCUGCGCCGUCCAGCAGCAGCUCCGCGCCAUCGGCGUCUUCGUCGUCUGCGCCGUCCAGCAGCAGCUCCGCGCCAUCGGCGUCUUCGUCCUCUGCGCCGUCCAGCAGCAGCUCCGCGCCGUCGGCGUCCUCGUCGUCUGCGCCGUCCAGCAGCAGCAGCUCCGCGCCGUUGGCGUCCUCGUCGUCUGCGCCGUCCAGCAGCAGCAGCUCCGCGCCGUCAGCGUCCUCGUCGUCUGCGCCGUCCAGCAGCAGCAGCUCCGCGCCGUCGGCGUCCUCGUCGUCUGCGCCGUCCAGCAGCAGCAGCUCUGCGCCGUCGGCGUCCUCGUCGUCUGCGCCGUCCAGCAGCAGCAGCUCCGCGCCGUCGGCGUCUUCGUCGUCUGCGCCGUCCAGCAGCAGCAGCUCCGCGCCGUCGGCGUCUUCGUCGUCUGCGCCGUCCAGCAGCAGCAGCUCCGCGCCGUCGGCGUCCUCGUCGUCUGCGCCGUCCAGCAGCAGCACCGCGCCGUCGGCGUCCUCGUCGUCUGCGCCGUCCAGCAGCAGCAGCUCCGCGCCAUCGGCGUCUUCGUCCUCUGCGCCGUCCAGCAGCAGCUCCGCGCCAUCGGCGUCCUCGUCGUCUGCGCCGUCCAGCAGCAGCACCGCGCCGUCGGCGUCCUCGUCGUCUGCGCCGUCCAGCAGCAGCAGCUCCGCGCCAUCGGCGUCUUCGUCGUCUGCGCCGUCCAGCAGCAGCAGCUCCGCGCCGUCGGCGUCUUCGUCGUCUGCGCCGUCCAGCAGCAGCUCCGCGCCGUCGGCGUCUUCGUCGUCUGCGCCGUCCAGCAGCAGCUCCGCGCCAUCGGCGUCUUCGUCGUCUGCGCCGUCCAGCAGCAGCAGCUCCGCGCCGUCGGCGUCCUCGUCGUCUGCGCCGUCCAGCAGCAGCAGCUCCGCGCCGUCGGCGUCCUCGUCGUCUGCGCCGUCCAGCAGCAGCAGCUCCGCGCCAUCAGCGUCCUCGUCGUCUGCGCCGUCCAGCAGCAGCAGCUCCGCGCCGUCGGCGUCUUCGUCCUCUGCGCCGUCCAGCAGCAGCAGCUCCGCGCCAUCAGCGUCCUCGUCGUCUGCGCCGUCCAGCAGCAGCAGCUCCGCGCCGUCGGCGUCCUCGUCGUCUGCGCCGUCCAGCAGCAGCACCGCGCCGUCGGCGUCCUCGUCGUCUGCGCCGUCCAGCAGCAGCAGCUCCGCGCCAUCAGCGUCCUCGUCGUCUGCGCCGUCCAGCAGCAGCAGCUCCGCGCCAUCGGCGUCUUCGUCCUCUGCGCCGUCCAGCAGCAGCAGCUCCGCGCCGUCGGCGUCCUCGUCGUCUGCGCCGUCCAGCAGCAGCUCCGCGCCGUUGGCGUCCUCGUCGUCUGCGCCGUCCAGCAGCAGCAGCUCCGCGCCGUCGGCGUCCUCGUCGUCUGCGCCGUCCAGCAGCAGCACCGCGCCAUCGGCGUCUUCGUCCUCUGCGCCGUCCAGCAGCAGCUCCGCGCCGUCGGCGUCUUCGUCCUCUGCGCCGUCCAGCAGCAGCUCCGCGCCGUCGGCGUCCUCGUCGUCUGCGCCGUCCAGCAGCAGCUCCGCGCCGUCGGCGUCCUCGUCGUCUGCGCCGUCCAGCAGCAGCUCCGCGCCGUCGGCGUCUUCGUCCUCUGCGCCGUCCAGCAGCAGCUCCGCGCCGUCGGCGUCCUCGUCGUCUGCGCCGUCCAGCAGCAGCAGCUCCGCGCCGUCGGCGUCCUCGUCGUCUGCGCCGUCCAGCAGCAGCAGCUCCGCGCCAUCGGCGUCUUCGUCCUCUGCGCCGUCCAGCAGCAGCUCCGCGCCGUCGGCGUCUUCGUCCUCUGCGCCGUCCAGCAGCAGCAGCUCCGCGCCGUCGGCGUCCUCGUCGUCUGCGCCGUCCAGCAGCAGCAGCUCCGCGCCGUCGGCGUCCUCGUCGUCUGCGCCGUCCAGCAGCAGCAGCUCCGCGCCAUCGGCGUCUUCGUCCUCUGCGCCGUCCAGCAGCAGCUCCGCGCCGUCGGCGUCUUCGUCCUCUGCGCCGUCCAGCAGCAGCAGCUCCGCGCCGUCGGCGUCCUCGUCGUCUGCACCGUCCAGCAGCAGCUCUUUAGAGUGCUAUGGCGAGAUUCCUUACUAUAGCGUGUCGGAGGUGGAGAAUACUCGCUUGUUCUUGAUGUCAGUGCGGGAGAGCUUUCCAGCACUGAUACCGCUAUGGGUGUGCCCAAAUUUUUGUUCGUGGCCGGGCAUUUAUUGCGCGCCUGCUGGUGUUGUGAUGGAUCUCAGUGAGAUGCAGUUGCAGGGAUCUUUGCCUUCUAUUGGUGAGAUGUGCGAUCCGUCGGAGGUCGUUUUACGUGUGGUUGACUUUGGUGGUGCGGAGAUGAGUGUUGAGGUCAGCGGCACGCUUCCUGAAAACUGGUCUGGGCUUACACGGCUGGAGAGGUUGGACCUCUCAUAUACUGGUGUGAGUGGCACGCUGCCGCCGGCGUGGAGCGCCCUCAGUUCGCUGGAGUAUCUCAAUCUAGGUUACAAUGACCUCUUUGGAACCCUUCCCUAUUCUUGGGGGCUCUUCCCUUCGCUUCGCGAGAUAUACCUUAACGAUAACUCGUUGUCGGGCGGGAUUCCUUCUAGCUGGAUGCAUUUGGCGGGCUUCGAAGUGCUGGACUUGACGAACAAUCAGCUGGAGGGUUCGCUGCCCAGUCUCAUCGUCUCAUCCCAGAGGACCUUUGGCGCAACGGCGACAGAACCACGUCUUCAGUGGAAGCGGCGAAGUUAA